CAGGAAUAGUGUCCUCUCUCUUUCGCUCUCUCUCAGUGCGGAAUUCGCAGUUUGGCCAGGCGGGGGCAGUAUUCUGCUCACUGAGAAUGCGUGGCACUCAGCCAGGACAGCAGCUUCAACAUAGUACGGCCAGUACGUGUUCCUCCUCCAGGUUCGGCACGCAGUUUGAGUGGUUUCGGCACAGGCAGCCAUCAGCUCACCAUGGGGCGGCGGUGGUGGUGGUGGCGGGCAGUUCAUGGCAUCCGGUUCGUUCACCACCUUCUUCUCGCCUUCAUCCUCCUACAAACCACAGCGGAUGGAAACCGCGGCCCAACUACACCGCCCCGAGGUACAUGCAGUCUGACUCCUCUUAUUGUGCCAGGGCUUGGGACCUUUCAGCCUGCUGGAGCGCUACUCCCAUCACUCCUGGGAGCUGUAAUGCGAGCUGAGAGGUUGGCAGUGCGCUCAGUACUGUGCUGAAUGCCUGGUGUGGGCUGGAGGGCAGGCUGUGGGCUGUGGAAGGGUCCUGGUCUGUACAGUGUGAUAUUUUUUAUAUUGGUAAACAGCCAGCCUGCUUUACCAUUUGUGGUGCCCACACCUUGGCUUUAGGGCAUGGGCACUGUACUUCUCACUUGGCAUGUAAAUAAUAACUGGGAAUUUCCCAUUGCAAGGAAAGCCCCAUCAUUUUACAUAACAUGAAAAUCAGCACCCAGUAAGGAGUAAAGGGCGUAUUCUCUUAGCAGGUUAUUGCCAUAUUGUAACAUUUCGUAAACUUGUAAAAAUAGUUAAAUUGUAUAGUGGCCUAAAGUUUAGAAUUAACGUAUCAAAACAAAGUGCCUAUUUGUUUCUGCUUAGCAUAGAAAUCCGUAAUUGAGGUGCCCCAAAACCAUCUAGUGAUUUUAUGUGUAAGCUGGUUUUGAUGUUGUCAUUGUAAAUAUAUAUAUAUAAAUAUAAAGAAAACCGAGAUGCUUGCACUCCUGAAUUAGAGAGUAAUUGUCCUCUGCUGGUCAGGCACAAGGUACAAAAAAAUGAUUGGAAAUGACCGCACUCCAAGGAUUUGAUGAUAGUAAAAAUAAAAUAUAACUUUUAUUCUAUAUCAUUUAAAAAUAUCGUCGUUUCAACCCCAAUACAUGGGCUUUCAUCAGGAUGGCAAUACCUGGAUGGCAGUAUUGCCAUCCUGAUGAAAGCAAUACUGCCAUCCAGGUAUUACCAUCCUGAUGAAAGCCCAUGUAUUGGGGUUGAAACGUCGAUAUUUUUAAAUGAUAUAGAAUAAAAGUUAUAUUUUAUUUUUACUAUCAUCAAGUCCUUGGAGUGCGGUCAUUUCCAAUCAUUUUAUAUAUAUAUAUAUAUAUAUAUAUAUAUAUAUAUAUAAUUUUUUUUGUGUAUGUUUUGAGGUUCUUUUGAAAUUCAACAGCAAUUAAUUCAGUGAUGUUUUUCAUGUAACAUUGAGCAAUAUGGUCUCAUCAGCCUGUUUAAUGUUUUAUUUAUAACAUUGUUGUCUGAUUCUCAUAUGGGAAAAAAAAUGUUGUGCAGCAAUAUCAUUUGAAUCUCUUGCACCUCAGUUUGCGGCUUCAAAGACAAAUUUUAAAAUGGAGGGUUACAAUUUGAAUUUAUUCUUAAGGAAAUAUCCAGGAAUUAUGAAUUUACUAGGGAAUCAAAAGCUAGCUGAACUCCAGUUCGAAUGUUUGGGCCUUAAAGGGACACUAUAGUCACCCGAACAACUACAGCUUAUUGUAUUUGUUCUGGUGAAUAUAAUCAUUCCCUUCAGGCUUUUUGCAUUAAACACAGUAUUUUCAAAGAAAAUGCAGUGUUUAUAUUACAGCCUAGUGAUACCUCAACUGGCCACUCCUCAGAUGGCUACUAGAGGUACUUCCAGAGUGCAGCACUAACAUUCAGUGUCUCCAGCCUCUGCAUGGAUUCAAUGCAUUUCUAUGAGGAGAUGCUGAUUGAUCAGGGUUGUGUUUGACUUGUGCUUGAUCUGCCUCAUUGACAGUCUCAGCCAAUCCUAUGGGAAAGCAUUGUGAUUGGCUCAGAUAAUCACUUCUGAUGAUGUCAGCCAAGCAGGUAGAUCGGGGUAGAGGCAACAGCUGCAGACUUGAAUACAAGUAAGAUUUUACUAUAUUGAGGGAGGCAAGGAGGUGCUACAUGAUGUUUUUACAUUUCUGCGGUGUUUGUGUUUAGCUGUUACAUAGUUACAUAGCUGAAAAGAGACUUGCGUCCAUCAAGUUCAGCCUUCCUCACAAAUGUUGUUGCUGUUAAUCCAAAAGAAGGCAAAAAAUCUGGUCUGAAGGGCUUCCAAUUUUGCCACAAACUAGGAAAUAAUUCCUUCAUGACCCCAAAAUAGCAGUCAGAUGUCUCCUUGGAUAAAGCAGCUAUUACCCCACUAAUUAGAAAUUAUAUCCCUGUAUGUUAUGUUUUUAUAAGUAUUUAUCCAAUUUCAGUUUAAACAUCUGUAUGGACUCUGACAAAACCACCUCUUCAGGCAGAGAAUUCCAUAUCCUUAUUUUUCUUACUGUAAAAAAAAAAACUUUUCUUUGCCUUAGAUGAAAGCUCCUUUCUUCCAGCCUAAAUGUGUGACCUCGUGUCCUAUGUAUAGCCCUGUUUAUGAAUAGAUUUCCAGAUAAAGGUUUGUACUGGCCCCGAAUAUAUUUGUAUAAAGUUAUCAUAUCCCCUCUCAGGCGUUGUUUUUCCAAACUCAACAGAUUUAAUUUUUUUAACCUUUCUUCAUAACUAAAAUGCUCCAUUCCUUUUAUCAAUUUUGUAGCUCGUCUCUGGACCCUCUCCAGUGCCAUGAUAUCCUUCUUUAGAACAGGCGCCCAAAAUUGCACAGCAUAUUCAAGGUGUGGUUUUACCAGCGAUUUAUAAAGAGGCAAAAUUAUAUUUUCAUCCCGAGAAUUUAUGCCCCUAUUUAUACAUGACAAAAUCUUACUGGCCUUAGCAACUGCAGAUUGACAUUGCAUAUUGCUGCCUAAUUUGUUGUCUAUAACAAUUCCCAAAUCCUUCUCGUGUGUGGUUAUCCCUAAUUCACUACCAUUUAGUGUGUAAGUUGCUUGUGCAUUCUUAACCCCGAAGUGCAUAACUUUGCAUUUCUCUAUGUUAAAUUUCAUCUGCCAUUUUAGUGCCCAGUCCCCAAUCUAUCCAAAUCUCUCUGCAGCAAAGCAGUAAUCCUGCUCACAUUUUAUUACUUUACAAAGUUUUGUGUCAUCUGCAAACACUGAUACAUGGCUUUCAAUGCCUAUUUCAAGAUCAUUUAUAAAUAUGUUAAAUAGAAGUGGUCCCAAAACAGAACCCUGAGGGACACCACUUACCACUGUAAUUUUCCUCUUACUCAUUUACUGUACCCACACAUAUUAUAUACAGUUUUUUUCUCACCAUUAAAUGGUCUUUCUAAAGAUGCCAUUAUUUUCAUCAAAUCAUAUAUGAUUUAAUAUAAAAUAAUUAUAAAAUAUGCUGAUUAUUUUUAAAAAAAAUCAGUUUUUCUAACUUUUGACUCUCAAAAUCUGUUACGCAUCUACAACCGCCAAAAAAACACCUGUGCUAAAUAGUUUCUAACGUUUGUCCUGAGUUUAGAAAUACCCAAUGUUAACAUGUUCUUGUUUUCUUGUUUUUUUUUAAUAGGGCAAUAAGUACAAGAAGCACUUUUUUUUCACAAUUAACGAAAGUUACAUUGUAACACUAUUUUAUUUUGUAUUUAUUAUUUGAUAUAUUUUUUUUGUAAAUCUGCUUUUUAUUUGAGGCAUAGUUGGUACAGUACAGAUAUGUGAGAAAAGUUAUAUCACUUGCGUACAAAUUCAUAAUAGAACAGCUAUACAUAAGAUAGUAUACUCUGCAUUAUUAAGCCACUUAUUUUUUUGUUGUUGAAAAUAAAAGGAUUUUUUCCAGAUUGUUUAGCCUGUAUUGUGAACAAGCGGUAAAAUUGUACUGAACAUGUGUAGCGUAAUGCGUCAUGAGAAAAAUAAUACCAGAUAAGAAUGUUAACAUAAUUCAGUAUAGAAAAAUGGUUGGCAGUAGUUAAUACAAGGGUAACAUUGUCAGGUGAUGCAGUAUUUGCAGGAGAAACCAUUAUACUGAGUUAAAACUAGGCUUGUGUGCAAUACUGCAAUUAUUACUGAAUAUCCUGCACUAUCAUGAUAGGCUAACAUAACAGUAUGACUACUGGGUACCACUCACAAACUAGAGUAAGUAGUUGAGUGUUUUUAUAAGACAGGGUAGUGUGCCAGCGAACAGUUAGUCCACGUCCCAUGCUGACCAUUUUGUGCAAACUCUUCCUGCUUCAUGUAUGGCAGCGCCAUUCGCCUCUCCCAGUCUUGAGCAUGGAUGUGGAGUAGUGGGUGGUCGGUUGGAGCCCGACCCUGGGGAUCAAGAGCUGGACGUGUGUCUCGUGCAUUCCCAGCCCGAUAGAAGAGGAGCUGGUCAGGCCCUCACCAGGAAUUAGGCAUUGGCGGCCCGGUGCCAAUGGGCCUCCCUCCAGGGUGUAGCGCUGUGAUGUGGGGUUCCACGCCGCCUGGCUUGAGGCUUGGGUAGUGUAGACCCAGGCAGGAGGGGGCUGGGUUACAGAUAGCCAUCACCCGCCGUGGGAGAUACCAAACAGCGCCCCUGGAAGGGAAGGGGUUACAGGGUUGAAACAUACUAGAUAGCCCUGGGUCCCAUCUGGGAUCCCAGCAAAAAGCGGGGCGAUCGGAUCUACAGAGGCUAGGUCACGAGGCUUUGUACAUCCCCGAAAUUAGUUCCAUGGCGUUGCUUGGUUUAGUCUGGCGAAUUCAAACUUCGUGCCUAAACCAAGCAAAAACCAAGCAACAACCAAUCAGCUGAAAGGGCAUGAACCAAAUCGCGCCAAUCAGCGUUUAGGAAGGAGUUUCCCCAACGAAUCCGAAGAAAGGGCGCAAAACUCAACUGCACCAAUCGGUGUUCGGGGACGAGAGGGGUUUCGCCACCAAAUAAGAAGAAAGGGCGCAAAACUCCUUUGAACAAGCGCUCUUUCUCCGAUUGAUCGUCUGCGCCCCGCAGCGACCAAUCAGCAUUCACUCGUGCCGACCAACCAGGAGAAUGGUGCAAACCCAGUUUGAAUGGGUGCUCCAUCUCCAAUUGGUCGUCACAGACUUUCAUGCGACCAGUGGGACUCUGCGGCCGUGAAACUUAAUUCCAGCUCCAGAAAUUCCCGCUGGUGCGCAUCCCUCUCUCUGGUGGAUACCCCCAUGCAGGUUCGGGAUACGAAUGCUGCCUCCGAUGGCGUUUGGCUAUACGAACCGGCGGCCAGCCAGGGGAAGCACGUGCCGCUUGUUCGCUUGUUGUCGUUAACGAGGUGUGAACAUUCUAACCACACAUUCUAAAUUCUGUAUCGGGGUGGUCCGGCCCACAGGGUUCCGUGCACCGGAGUGCACCCCCGUGGCUGAAGAGUAAAAUGCAUCAUACAUUGUAAAAAUACAAGGGGAAACACACAAAUAAAACAAUUCCAUACAGAUACAUGGAGAACCAUAGACUACAAGGGGAAUUGGUGGGAAUAGACACUAGGGACACAAAAUACAAGGCAAACACAUAGUACCAAGCACACUGUAUAUGCCUUAGUAGCGUUGUCCCACUACAGGUAAGUAAAACCCCCCGAUAGCUGGGUACAAGUGUCUGGUGUACAGCUUGCUGGGGCCAUGAAGUUACACAGUCCCUCUGAGGCAGUUUGGGAUUUCUCUGGGGGCCACGUGGUGGCGAGUCAGUGCGACAAACAUUUUAGAUUUGGGGCAUUGGAGUACGCUCAGCAUGCUUCGCUGACGACCAAUUCGGUACCCUCCAGUGUGGAACGGAAAUCCCCCACACCUCCCCCCCGUCCAAAGGGGGGAAGGGGCCGUGAGGCGUGUUACAGAGCAGUCGUGUGGCAGCCAGGUAAGUGAGCAGGGUGGCAGCAUUCUUUCGAGGACUGCAAACUCUAAAGCCCGGGGGCCCCUAAACUCUCAAUCUCAGAGCAUGCUGUUGCGCCAACUUCAGCCCAAACACAGUGCUGUCCCCUUCCGGCUCGGAUUAAGGCUGUGAGCCCUGGUUAUCAGUCAAAAAGGCCAGUUUCUGCUCGAGCCAUUCCCGCACGCGACCUGUCAGCAUUCCCGCACGCGACCUGUCAGCAUGGCGGUCAGCCCCCCCCCUAUAUUUUAUAUUAUAUUUAUUUUGAUUUAUUUAUUUCACUGAGUGCCUCAACCUCUCUUGGCACACAGGCAGAGCAUCGGAAGCCUGCUUUCAGCGUUAUAUGAGAGUACCCAGAAAUCCAUCCCCUCUGCUGCUUGUUCAAAAGAUGAAGCAUUAGCCUGAGCACCAAUGGACAGCUGUAAGUAUGAGUAUUAGCGGGCCACGUUCAUUCUAUCACAACACUAAUAGCUGGUAUUUAUUGUUAUGGCUAGAAUGAAGUAUGUCUGCCUUAGCCAUGCCCCCUGUGAAGGCUGGAACCCUAAUUCAGUAUUAAACUCCUCGAAAAUGUUUUAACACUCAAUGGAGGGACAGUGUCAUAGGUCUCCAGAUGCUAUUACAAAUUCAAUGAGAUGAAGUGUUUACACUGCCUAAAGUGUCCCUUAAAGGACCACUCUAGGCACCCAGACCACUUCAGCUUAAUGAAGUGGUCUGGGUGCCAGGUCCAGCUAGGGUUAACCCAUUUUUUCAUAAACAUAGCAGUUUCAGAGAAACUGCUAUGUUUAUGAAUGGGUUAAGCCUUCCCCUAUUUCUCUAGUGGCUGUCUCAUUGACAGCCACUAGAAGCGCUUGCGUGCUUCUCACUGUGAUUUUCACAGUGAGAACGCAGCGUCCAUAGGAAAGCAUUAUGAAUGCUUUCCUAUGUGACCAACUGAAUCGCGCGCGCAGCUUUUUGCGGCGUGCAUUCAGCCGACGGGGAGGAGAAGAGGAGGAUCGGAGGAGGAGAGCUCCCCACCCAGCGCUGGAAAAAGGUAAGUUUUAACCCCUUUCCCCCUUCCAGAGCCGGGCGGGAGGGGGACCCUGAGGGUGGGGGCACCCUCAGGGCACUAUAGUGCCAGGAAAACGAGUAUGUUUUCCUGGCACUAUAGUGGUCCUUUAAGCGAAUUUGCUUUGGCUGGCAAAGUUUGUAAGCUAAAAUGUUAAGCAAUACAAAGUCGUUACAAAAUUUUAGUUAUCUAUUUGGCCAUGCUAAAAAGGGGUAAAAGACAGUUCCUCUUUAACACUGAGUGGAAAGAUGGUGGCAUAGGACUCCAGGCACUAUAAUCACUUCAAUGAGAUUAAGCAAAUAAAGUGCCUACAGUGUCCCUUUAAGUCUCUAUGUGAAGUAUGCUUGUGUAUAGCGAGAUAAAUAAGGGAACGCAGUAAUAAUCAAUUACUAAAAAUAAAAUCAAUUCUAGUAUAUAAAUUAUAGAGAAAAACCAGCAAUACACUCCAGAAACUUCCUUUCAAAUUCCACAUAAACAGUAAAUAGAACAAUGUCAGCUCUUAGUAGAUAAACCCCCAAUGGAAAAAUUAGGGUUAUCCACAACAAAUUAAAUACAAUUAAAAGCAUAUAUUGUAAAAUAUAUAGUAUUCAGUAGUCCUUGGGUGAUGUGUGUUGGGACUAGUUUGCCAAAUGAUGUAAUCCACGUCCAGUAAAACAGUGUUCCGUAGAUGCAAUAGAUGGAAAUGUAUCCAAAUACCUAAGGGAUGCAAAAUAAUCCAAUAUAGUGUAACACUGUAUUCUGUAUUUAUUGAAAUAGUUAUUUCGAACAAAAUAUUGUAACUUUCAAAUAUUCACUUUUUUUUUAAAUAUAGAACAGGUUUCUUUUGUUUUUAGUAAUUUGUUCAUGACCCGUUUAAUUUUGUGUUGAGGUGUUAUACACCAUAAUUCUUGCAUAUUUUCUUUUUCAUAUUUUGGUGGAGUGUAACUGGAAAUUUGAUAGAUCCAAAAUUACACCUUUUACUGUUAAUUUAAACAAUAAGUGUCGCAGUAAUUUCAAAGAUAUUUGUUUAAACCAAAAACAAUUCAGGUUUGAUGUUUCUUUAUUCAAAAUGUCCAGCUUUUCUUUUUUUUUUUUUUAUUAUUUGUUGUUGCCAUUUUGACUUGCUGCUUAUGGCUUGGGUGAAAAUAGAACUCGAAGGGCAUUCUGUAAUUAAUGCUGCCAAUAUACAUGACAUACUGUUGAUGUUCUGGCCAUUUCCUCCAAGUACCUGAACACGUUUUCUCUCUUCUUUUUUUUUUUUUUUUCUUUUGAUGAUAUGCUGAGAUUGUCAGUUGAUGGGUCUUGGUAUAUUAUUGGCAUGCUGUUGAGCAAAAUGCAGUAUAAAUGUAAGUAAAUUUCCCCCCUAGAUUAGUGGAGGCGCAACACUAGAGUUAUUCCCUUUUCUUGCAGCAAACUAACCAUGCAGGACUGUGUAAAAAAGUGUUUAGUUUAGUUGUUUUUCUUUUCUUUUAUAAUAUGUCUAAUCCUAAAACCUCUGAGAAACCUGUAGAGAAAGGAAAAUGUCUGUCCAAGCACAGACGUCUUAUCUAUGCAUCCUGCAAUCAGCCUAUGCUUAUUGGGUAUCAAAAGAAAAUCUGUAAUAUAUCUAUUUGAUAUUUCGUUCUAACUGUAUUGUGAAAUUAAUAAAUAUAUAUAUAUAUAUAUAUAAAAAAAAAAAAGUAGUUCCUGCACUCACGCUGAUAUGUCCCUUUGUGACCGGGUGCCAACCAUGUAUAGCCCAAAAAAUACAAAUGGAUGGUUGCACUCACGGUUUUUGAAUUAAAAGUCCAAAGUUUAAUGUCAGAUACUAAAAGCUGUGAUCAACGUUUCAGUCCUUCCAUGAGGACUUUCAUCAGGAUCAUAAAAACAAACAUAGUAUAAACAACACAUUUAUAUACAACAUAAUUAAUUAAAUUGAACUAUUUUAGGUGACAUCACUAAGAAAGAACCGGAGAAUUCUGGCAACGGACGACACUCUCCCCAAAGUAUUUCGUGAAAAACCGCUUAUUUGUUAUAAGAGAAACAAGAACUUAAAAGACUUACUAGUAAACACGGAUCCUGUUCUAAGCUACUCGGACAACACGUUUAUUCAAAAUCGGGGUUGUGUUCGAUGUCUUGGGUGCGUUACAUGUGGACACAUGACGCCAGCAAAAAGUUUUUUUCACCCACACACGAACAAACAAUACCCCAUUAAGAGCACUAUAACGUGUAAAACUACACACGUUAUUUAUAAACUGUGUCCAUGUGGCCUAGUAUAGGAAAAACAGAAACGGCGUUAUGCGAAAGGAUAAGAGGACACCGAUCGAGUAUCCGAUUGGCGUAUAGGGAUGGAGUGUCGGACAAACCAGUUGCCAAACACUUUUUGCAGAUGGGACAUUCAUUGGCUACUUUAAAAUUUGUGGCAAUUGAACAAGUUUUAGCAUCAAACAGAGCGGGGGAUCGAGGAAAACUUCUGUUGAACAGAGAGACCUUUUGGAUUUUUGAAUUGGACACGGUAUUCCCAAAAGGGCUAAAUGAACAUAUCUCGUUCCAUUCUUUCUUGUAGUAUUAAUUCACCCUAUACAGCAUUUAUCAAAAAAAAUUUUUUUUUUGUAGAUCCAUAAUCGGGUAGCAACAAUUUUCUUAAAAUCCGAUAUGUUUGCCUCAUUAAACUAGGGUGUAUAUCUGCUUAUACAUAAUAAUCCCUUUAAGAGGAUCUUAUAAACAAAGUUUAUUUGGAGAAAGAAUUCUCCCUGUAUGUUGCUGCUUCCAGGCAUAUGCAAUAAUGUGGCUCAGUGUAAUAAUGUCUUUGUAGUCAGAUCAGAUUAACUCCAGCUUGUUAUAUUAUUUUUUAAUGUUUUUAAAGAUACAAUCUGAGAUAAUGUUAACCAUGAGUUGGAGAUCAUUAUAAUAACUAUUAUAAGUAUAACGAUCAGUUCUAUAGUACCCAGGUUUCCAUUUCUCAAAUUGAUAUCCUUUGUGUGUGUAUUAGUGAACGUAAUUAGUGUUUUUAUUUUAUAUAUAGUUUUUUGCACAAUAUAUAUGCAGUAAGAGUAGCACUCUGUCACUUUAAAUCUUUAUCAGCACUUUGUAUUGACACUUUAAAUAUUCACUUGUUUUAAAUAUUCACUCACAUUAUAUAUGAUCCUAAUCACUAUAACUUACUAGGUGUCACUGAGUAAUUGCUUGUUGGCACUUUAUUUGCACACAGCACUUUUCUAUUUAAUGAUAUCCAGCCAUACUUUUACAUUAUGACAUGGCCGUUAUUGGAGCAAUAUCACUUAUGUCGGUUCACUGUUUUUAUACACCACACACAAUUAAAUACAUUGGUCAUUAUGAUCACUGUGUUUUUAUAAAUACACGAUUUCUUCAUCCGUAUGUACUUUAUUCCCAUAGCGACGGGUUUGUAUGCCCGCGUCGCUAUGGUUACGGUCGGGCACGUCGACGUAAUGUGAUGUCACUAUGUGGGGCGGAGCAAAUCCACGCAUGCGCACACGGGGCACAGGGACGCCGACUAGACAGCAAGACACAUUGGGGGUAAGCUGAUUCACCUAAAAUAGUUCAAUUUAAUUAAUUAUGUUGUAUAUAAAUGUGUUGUUUAUACUAUGUUUGUUUUUAUGAUCCUGAUGAAAGUCCUCAUGGAAGGACUGAAACGUUGAUCACAGCUUUUAGUAUCUGACAUUAAACUUUGGACUUUUAAUUCAAAAACCGUGAGUGCAACCAUCCAUUUGUAUUUUUGUAUUUUUUUAUAUAUAUAUAUAUAUAUAUAUAUAUAUAUAUAAUCUCAAAAUACACGUAGAACAAAAUAAUAUAUAUCUAUAUACAUAAAUAUAUACGUAAAUAUCACUAUAUAUAUAUAUAUAUAUAUAUACCUAUAUAUAAAUAAAAAUAUUUUAAAAAAUUAUAUAGAUAUAUACAUAUAUACACAUACGUGUAUGUGUGUGUGUGUGUGUGUGUGUAUAUGUAUGUAUAUAUAUAUAUAUAUAUAUAUAUAUAUAUAUAUAUUCUGCAUAUAUAUUUAUGUAAUAUUUUUACAUAAUUAGGUAUCUUAAUUAAUAACAAUUAGCGGGACCUGCCUGACAACCCAUGCCAAAAGUAAAGGGAAUUUAAUUUGCUAGCACUAUAUUUAACCCUAUAACUUUCCAAGACACCAUAAAACCUGUACAUGAGGGGUACUGUUCUACUCGGGAGACUUCACUGAACACAAAUAUUAGUGUUUCAAAACAGUAAAAUGUAUUACAACGAUGAUAUCGCCAGUAAAAGCGACGUUGUUUGCAUUUUUCACGCACAAACAGCACUUACACGGACUAUAUUAUUGCUGCGAUACUUUUUACUGUUUUUAAACACAAAUAUUUGUGUUCAGCGAAGUCUCCCGAGUACAACAGUACCCCUCAUGUACAGGUUUUAUGGUGUUUUCAAAAGUUACAGCGUCAAAUAUAAGGCUUGUGUUUCAUUUUUUUCACAUUAAAAUUCACCAGAUUGGUUAGGUUGCCUUUGAGACCCUAUGGAAGCCCAAGAUUGAAAAUUACCCCUAUGAUGGCUUACCAUUUGCAAUAGUAGACAACCCAAGGUAUUGCAAACGGGGUAUGUCCAGUCUUUUUUAGUAGCCACUUAGUCACAAACACUAGCCAAAAUUGGCGUUUUUUGCAUUUUUCACACACAAACAAAUACUAACACUAACUUUGGCCAGUGUUUGUGACCAAAUGGCUACUAAAAAAGACUGGACAUACCCCAUUUGCAAUACCUUGGGUUGUCUACUAUUGCAAAUGGUAUGCCAUUAUGGGUGUAAAUUUCAUUCCUGGGCUACUAUACAGUCUCAAAGCAAGGUAACCAAUCUGGUGAAUUUCAAUUUCAAAUGUAACGUGCUAUAUUUGACCCUGUAACUUCCCAAAACGCCAUAAAACCUGUACAUAUCACCCUCAGGGUCCCACUCCCGCCAGGCUCUGGGGAGGAAGGGGGUUAAACACUCACCUUUCUCCAGCGCCGGGCUCACUCAGCGCUGGGGACUCUCCUCCUACUUCCGACGUCAUCGGCUGAAUGCGCAUGCGCGCAUUCAGCCAUUCCAUAGGAAAGCAUUCUCAAUGCUUUCCUAUGGAUGCUGGAAUUUUCUCACUGUGAAAAUCAAUGACAGCCACUAGAGGCUGGAUUAACCCCAUUGUAAACAUAGCAGUUUCUCUGAAACUGCUAUGUUUACAGCAGGCAGGGUUAAUCCUUGAGGGAUCUGGCACCCAGACCACUUCAUUGAGCUGAAAUGGUCUGGGUGCCUAUUGUGGUCAUUUAAUGAUUUUAACCUUCCAAAGGUUGCCUCAAUGAACAACAUUAAGGUAGAAAUAAUCUUGCCUACCUAUUGUCAAAAUCCACAAAAGAAAAAAGAAAAAAUAAUUCACUGUCUGGACAUUAAAAAAAACUAGGAAAUUCAGAAACUCUGAACAUUUCUUUGUCCUCUACCAAGGUCACUAGAAAGGAUUGGACUUUAGAGGAUCCUUGGUCCUUGAAAAUCACAGUGAGAAGCACGCAAGCGCCUCUAGAGAAACUGCUAUGUUUAUGAAUGGGUUAAGCCUUCCCCCUAAUCCUCUAGUGGCUGUCUCAUUGACAGCCACUAGAGGAUUAGGGAGAAGGCUUAACCCAUUCAUAAACAUAGCAGUUUCUCUGAAACUGCUAUGUUUAUAAAAAAAAAAAAAAUGGGUUAACCCUAGAAGGACCUGGCACCCAGACCACUUCAUUAAGCUGAAGUGGUCUGGGUGCCUAGAGUGGUCCUUUAAAGAUCAAAUAAACUCUAUCUUUGACUUACAAAUCAUCUGGCUUAUCUCCUCCACUUCAUAUUAAACCUCAUUCCACCAGAGUAAUGUCAACCUAUAGGGCACCAAGUCUUUUCUCUUCUGUUUCAAACAGACUCUUCUAUCCACACAUUUGUUAAACAUCAUAUGUUAGACAUACAUGCCUGUGAGGACACUGUUUUAUGUUCAAGGUGCUUCAAGCAGUUAAGUGAUGUUUUUCCACCCUUAGAGGAUUAAUUCUUAAUCCCUAGUGUUGCACUGCCUAUAAUCUGGGGAAGAAAAGACAAAAUGUUUACUUACUGUAAAUUUAUUGUUCCUUAAAAUUAGAGGCAGUUCACUUCUAUUUCCCUCCCAUAUUUAAUAAAUUAUAUUUUUGCACCAGUCUACUUUCUGUGGCAUUUGUGGGCCUUUUACAACAAAGAGCUCUAGGAUAGACGAGAGGCUUAAUAUUUUUAUUUUAUUUUUUUCUGUCUUUCAUACAUGCCUGGCUAUCUUGCAGGAAGACAAGAUGGUAUACCUAGUGUUGCACUGCCUCUAAUCUUAGAUAAAAUGUUUACUUGCAGUAAAUGUAUUUUUCCUUUUCUAAACUGUUUCUUUCAAUGGGUUGCUAGUAUUGGGCUAAGAUGGCCAAGCCAAGAAAAACACUUCCUCUUUGAAGCCUAGGUCAGAGGACAAGGGAGAGCUGAGAAGAUGGGUGCCAUGACCAGCACUAUGAAAUUAACCUCUUUGAAAAAAGUUUAACCCCAUAAAGUAAAACAGUGCUCAUAGGGUUCCUAAAGCACUUUAUCUUGUUCUUUACGGCGUCCCACAGAUGACAUCCCACAAUUUAAAAAAAAAAACGUAUUUAAUUGUGCGCACUCUGCACGGUCACCUGGACACAAUUUAGUAGGUCAUGUCCACAAGAUACUUAUAGCGUACUCACGAUAAAAGAAGGCUUUAUGAAUGAUACAGUUGACUUGUGUCAACGAUUUAGAAAACUAUAUAUUUGGCAGUAGGUCCAGCACUUACUCACAGUGUUUGGGAGCACCACACUUGGCCUGGUGGCUGGGAGUCCUCUUCUGUGAUCUGCCAGGUCCACUGGGGAGUGUGAGAGGAGGGCAUCGGAAGUCAUGUCCUCUUUAUGUCAUACAGGGUCCAGCAGACUCUCCACCAGUUUGGAGGCCAUCCAGGAAGAUACCGGUGCCUACAAAAGGAGCAGGAAGGUAAGCACCGGUCCUGCUGCCAAGGGUAUAGUCAACUCGUGCCCACGAUAUAGUAAUCGUGGGCACAAGUUAACCAUAUUGUUUCCAUAGCCUACUUUUGUGGGUAAAAAUUAAGUAUCAUUUGGGCAUGACCUACAAAAUCGUGCAACAUGUGCACGUUAAAAAAACAAAAAUUGUAGAUUAUCACCUGCUAGGCUCCAUAGUUAUUUUGUGUUAAGAGUGUGAUUUUUUUCAGUAGCAAUUGACACUUUCAUAUAUGAACCUGGAUAUAUUCCCAUGGCUGUCGGUCAGUCAACUGGUCUGCAAAGGCUGUAGACCAGAAAUCUGUGUCUUUUAGAAGCUGUUUUUAGAUAUACUCCAAUGACAUUUAUUUUUGAAAUGCAUGCAUGUUUUCAUUUGGGCUUGUUUACUAAAAAGGGCUUUUAAAAAAAAAAAAAAAGUUAAGGGUUGUAGUGUACAUAUAAGCAUGCUACAACAUGAUUUUAAUUUUGACGAGAAUGACAAGUUCAGAAACUGAGGUGAUUAUUAUUUUUUUCUCGCUGCUAGGAGCAUCCUUUUAUAGUCUUGUUUAUCAUUUUCUGUAGAGCUAAACUGGAUUGUUUCCACUAAGAGACUGUCUGGAAAUAUAAAUCUUUUUUUUUUUAAUGUAGGAAGCCUUUUAGAUCCUGCAUGUGACAGUUCUGCUUUUCCCAUGUUGAACUGUAAUGAUCUGAGGCUAGCACUUUAACCACAGACAAAUCUGUCUUCCUGUGUGACUUUCAUUUUAAAGUAAUAUCGUUACAGUAGAAAUCUCAGAUGUGUACCCGGAAAACAAACACAUACAGCUUUCAUCUUAAGGAUCGGGGUUUUCAAAUGCUAAAAUUGCAUAUGUAGGGAAUUGUGUGUGUUCAUCAUUUAGUCAUGGUAGAUAACUACAAUUAUAGAAGAAUUACUACAGUCUAGCUUUUCCCAAACAUAAACUCUGCAUGCUAGUACUUUUUUGCUUACAUAGAUAAUUUAUCUGACCCCACCCUCCUUUUUUAUGUCUACUAAAAUAUCUACUCGCUCUAGUUGCUUUUUAAGAGGGCAGUGGCGUCUCUAGGAUUCAUUUUUUUGGGGGGGGGGCACAUGGAGGGCCAGGAACAAAAGUAGGGGGGCACAUUUAACCCCUCCCUCACCACAGUUUGACCCCGCCCCUGUCGCAUGUUAAGCCCCACCCCCGACACAAUGUGUUUUGUUUUUUUAAUAAUACCUGGUGGAGGAUUUAUUAUUUUCCACCAGGGAUUAUUAAAAAAACAUUACCCUUGAUACAGUGCCAUAGUUGCCAACAUUUGAAAAAAAAUUUCCAAGGACAUUUUGCAGCACAGCUAUCAAUUACUAUCCCUGGACAGUCAGUGCUCAGGCCUGUAUUAUACAGAGAGCAGCACUAUACAGGAAGCACUGACUAUCCCGGGAUAUUAUAUACACACAGAUCUGUAUUAUACAGAUAGCUGAGCAUAUACCCCAUGUCCCAAUCUCUAGACUACUAGUACCGGUCAACAGCAGCUCCCAGAUGUGUGUAACAGGGCUAAAGUGUGCUGCACUCGCUGGCAAAGCCAAACUGGGAAUCCCCGGAAAUCCAAAGCAGCCCUGGAAAAAAAUGUAUGCCAUUCCUACAAGUCAAUAUAUAUAUUAAAAUAGUGAUCAGCACUAGAAAAGUCCUUGCACUCACGCUUUGAUUUUAGUAACCGAGUGCUUGUAAUCCAGGAAAAUUCAAAUAAAUAAAUUCAAAUAGUGAUCAGCACUCUCGGAUUUUCAAGAAUUAAAAAAUAACAAUUUAUUAAGUAUCUAUUAAAAGAUCAACGUUUCAGUCCCACUGAAACGUUGAUCUUUUAAUGGAUACUUAAUAAAUUGUUACAGUGGGGGCAGUGUGUGUGUGUGUGUGUGUGUGUAUGGGAGGGCAGUGUGUGUGUGUAUGGGAGGCAAUGUGUGUGUAGAGUGUGUGAACGCCUCCCCCCCCCCUCCCCUAAGCCUACCUGUCACUGGAGGCUGUUGCUGGGGGUCAGGCAGCCAUCUUCUGCAGCAGCAUGGUCUGCUGCUUUACGGCGGGGCUUAUGUACAGGAGGCGGGGCUUUGUUUGGGGGCGGGGCCUGUGCCGGGGAGCCAAUCAGUGCUCCCUCCAGCCACAGACAGCCCCCAGCACUGCAUUCCCUCCGCGGCUGUAACAGACACACUCACUGUUACAGCCCGAGGGAAUAUAAUGGAAGAACAUGGCCAGCAAGUUGCCUGCAUUUGGGAGGGCUAAGGGGGGGCACAGCAUGAUGUAGGGGGGGCCAUGGCCCCUCCUAGCGACGCCACUGCAAGAGGGGAGGGGGUAGUUGAAUACCCCUCAUCUGUUACACUUUGUCCAUAUACCCCCUUCUCUUCUCCUAACCCUGUGCACUUUUCAGUACACCCAACACAUUCUCUUACAUUUGUAUUUGUCCCUUACAAGUUAUGUACAAACUUGUAGACACAAAUAUCUACACACUAAUGAUCACAGACUAUCAAACACAUAAACUCCAUUAUAAAUUGUCAGGCUCCAAUACAGAUACACGUAUCAUUUAUACACAAAAUGACACAUAUAUGUACAUACUCAUUGCGAUAUUCUUUUAGAGUGCAAGACAUUUAUCGAAACAAUCAUUAGUUCCUGUAGUGCGGGAUUUCGGGUUGAAUUGCUGACGAUAAAGUAUGGAAGCAUGGUAGCAUAUGUAUGUUUCUAAAGCUUUUCCAUCAGUGAUAUUCUGAUAGCACCCAAGGGAAAGGCUUCCUCAUUGAAGCUGGAAUUGGAGACCGAGAUCCAAAUGUAUGGGUUCUGUGACCAGCAUUUUGAGUUUAAACACUUCAAAAAUAGUUUAACCCCAUAAGGUAAGAUGAUGUUCUCCAGACAACAUAAUGACUUAUUUAACCAUUUUAUCUCUGACCUCUGUAAAGUGUGCUGGUCGGGGUUUAUUUUUGUCCAAUUACUCUGAUAAUCCUUCAUAAACCAAAACUGCUGGAUGUUCCAUGCUGUCCUAAGGGAUUUUAAAGCACUACUAUCACCCACCUCUCCAAAUGGAGUAUUAUAUAAAGCUAUCAACUUACUGAGUACUUAAACCCAUCCAAUGUUACAAGUGAUAAAAUCACAACCUAUAAACCAGAAUGAGAUACUUCUGACUGGUGGAGCCUCCUCUUUCAUUAAUUAAUUUUACAACAAAAUCUAGGGUCUCAAGUCUCCUUGUUUUCACCUAAAUUGACUACUCGAAAAUGUAUUUUUGGAUGUGUUAAAUUACAGACCAAGUAACAACUAAACAACCUUCUAAUCUCAAGGCUCACAUGGUAAUGAUAGGGUUUGAACACAAUCUUUAUGCAAUCUUUAACUUGCAUGUCAAGGGAUUUCUGUUGUUUUGCAUGUGUUGAAUUGGUUACAACAUGUCUGAUAACAAAACUGUGUUGGUUAUUGUGUUUAGAGUGCCACUUUAAAUACUAUUGUUUUUCAAUAACAAGUGUAACAUUAAUAGAACAUUUUCAGGUUUAUUCAUGAAUGUCCACAUGCUUUUUGUUAGGAUAGUUUUUUUGUUUGUUGUUGUUGUUGUUGAAUUCUGCACAUUUUUUUUUUUUUAAAGCUUUGUUUUUUAUUUGUGCAGAGAACAGUAAUCGGCACUGAGCACCUGUGACCUAAACUGCUAUUGUGUGAGCUUAGAGUCUUGCAUGUAUUUUGUGUAAGUGUUUUUAAAUGGAUUUUUAAUUUUAGCCUAAUAAAUAUACACUAUGUAUUGCAUCUCUCUUUUUAUAAUUGGUAUUUAAGGUGAUGCUUCUGCCAUACUCUGAAGUGGAUACUGAUUGACAUUUAGUUGGAUUUUUUUUUUUAACUGAUCCUGACAUAUACUUUGGAUACAAAGUUGUAUUUUCUCCUGAAGUGAAAAUAUUACAAAUGAUUAGCAAGAAGAACUUUUCACAGUAGUUUACUAUUACUUUUACAUUAUUAUAAUUUUGUAAGUACUGUAUUGGACGUUAUUUUGAUAUCCUUUAGUAUUGGUGCAAAAAAUGUUUUACUUGUUUUAGCUGAUUUCUAGUUUAUUUUAUUAUGUUUUUCAACUCUUUCUGGCCAUCUGUACAUUGUGUAUCUGGGUUUAAGAGUUACUUGAGUGGUUGAUCUUUAUUUAGAGAAUAGUGGAAAGGGUAGUCAUCUUAGCAUUACAUUUAUUUGAGAAUCAGGUGCACUGUUAGUGACAGAUUUGCAGCUAUAUUUAGUGGUCGAUGCCCUUGAAAGCAGGAGAAUCAUUUUUGUUUUUUGAGCCAGGGCAUUGCAACAAGCUAUUUAUCCACUAAUUCCAUUUUUUGUGUGUACUAAGCUAGUUCUUUCUGAUUAGGAUCUAUGAUUGAUUUAUAAUACAUUGUUCAUUUUAACCAUCUGCACUAUAUGUAUUCUCUGCUCUAAUUUGAGUGAUUACGAAGAUUCUAUUCAUAAGAACUUUCCAUCCAGUACCCUAUUUAGGGAGAUAUGCCUGAAUGUUCAUCUCUCUUGUGAGUUUUCUACCAUCCCCACCCUAUUCUUUGUGCUUGGAUUACUACACUAUAUAUCAUUGUAUUUUUUACAGAUAAUUUUGCUAUUUUGACUACCAUAGUCACUUGACAUUUUCCCUGGUCUUUUGUUUGUCUUUGAUACUGUUAAGUGUUUGGAUGAACACUGUUCUCCAUAAAGGUAAAAUGCUUUUUUGUGCUUAUUGUGGUAUAUUUGGCUUUUAACACUUCUAUGAUUGGUGCCCACUUUAAUUAUUUUUGCUUGUCCUUUAUACAUUGUAUUUUUACAACACUAGAGUAUAUAGUUUGUACCUCAUCUCUACAUAAUGUACUUUUUCUUUAUGUAUUUGGAGACAAAUACAUUAUAUAGGUCUUUUAUUUUUUUAAUGCACAAAUACAAAUUAAUGGUAUACUCCACACAAAGUACACCUCAACUUGCAAAUGAUUUAAAUGUCUGGUGUCUGUUAUGUGUAUGACAGUUUGUAAAAGUGACAAUUUCAGUACACCCAUUGUAAAGUGCUACAGAAUUUGUUGGCGCUAUAUAAAUAUAAUAGGAAUAGAGAGACUGUUUUGUAAUUAGGGACACUCAGACAGCUUGGGAUGUUUUCUUUUUCCUCCCUUGAUUCCACAAAGCUAACAGAAGCGGGAAGCGCUCUGGACGAGGGAACUCCCCUUACCCCCUCCCCUCUUCUCUAUCUCAAUGAGCAAUAUUGCAUUAACCCUUUAAGGACCAAUGACUGAAUAAUUCCAUCAUGGUUGUCCUUCCCUAUAGUCCCUGCUCACAACAAUGCAAGGUAUCAAUCAUUUCUUGGCCCUAUACUGACAGAUGAGCUGCAUGUGGAUUUAAAUCCCUGCUCACACCAGGGACACCCAGGUAUCAAUCGAUACUUAAGGUCCCCCUCUGUGAGAUGCAGUCACAAUUCAUGACCCCAAACUUUUUAAUUGGCUGUAUGCAGUGCUGAAAUCAGACCAUAGAGAACACCGUGGCUCAGCGAUUCUCUGUGCAUAGUUUCUGGUGGGAGGCCCCUGGGUCUGAAAAACCCUUGGAGGGUCUUCCUGCAUUGCUGAGACUACAGGGACAGGCUAUAGGACACCACAACAGUAACACUAAGCUGUAGUGGUUCUGUUGACACCUGUCAAACUGUGUUCACUAUAGAUAUUAAACUUGACUUAAAACUGGAGUUCAGAUUAUUAAAAUUUACCAUGACAAAGCAUCUGAUUAGUCUGUCUCAGAUAUAGCUCUAGGUGUUUAUGCAACCAGCAUGUUUAUCGUGCAGUAUGUCUGUGUUCCUUGCUAUGAUAUAAGGUUCACAUCUUUGAAUUAGCAUGACACAUUUCUAAACACACAUAAUUUCUUAUUUAUUUUAUGUAAAAACAUGUCUGAGGUCCUCCAUACACAUGUGGCUACUACAACCUAUGUAAUUACAGAUUUUUCUUCCACUGCUCUUAAAAUGUAAAUGAGUAAUCCUGGUUUACUGCCCCUAGAGAAUUGUGACACAUUUUGAAGACAUUUUUUUUUUUUUUUUUUGUGUGUGUGUUUGUUUUUAUGGUGAUGGUAAACAGGUUAAUAAAAACAUUACAUACACAGAGAAAUUGAAUUUUAAACUAAUGCAUUAUCUGUUUUUUGUUCUUGGAAUAUAUUUGCACAUUUACCAUACUGCACCUGCUUUUCCAGAAGGAAUGUUGGUUUUUGUGCCUCCCAAGUAAAUAAUCUGCCUUUCUUCAAGGGAACCUCAGAGAAAAUCCUAAUGCAAACCACCAAAACUGCCAACUAUACAACUUGACCACAUGCUGCAGUUAUUUACUCUAAUUUGAUUUUAAUGCAUCUCUUUUGGACUUAUUAAUAUGUUUUUAUAUAUAUAUUAAUAUUGAUAUGCUGUAAUUUCUGAAAAUCUUUGAUUUUACACAGCACAAAAAAAGUUGUGCAGAAUGAUGCACCAUAACUUCUAGACCAUGCUCCAUUACUCCAGAAAAGACUUUCCUAUCAAAUGUAUGUACACAACUCAACUAUUGAUCGCACUUAGUGAUCUGAACUACAAAUUUUAUGUCAAGACACGGAGGCUCAUAUUGCUUAACCCUUUCUUUACUGUCCACCAAUAGCAGCAAAGAAUACAAACAGUAAGAAAAAAUGGUAACCAUAGUGAUAGGCCACUCCCAUACCAAGGCCCAGUAUAAUAGACCGCACCUCCCCACAUAUUUCCUCUUUGCUGCUACCAAACAAGAUAAGUACAUGACAAAUUUUCUCUUCCAUAUGUUUUUUUAAUUAUCAUUAAUUUCUUAUUAUUAAUGCUAUUUAUUAUGUUAUUGUUAUUAUUUGUUGUAGACUCAUUAUUGCUUUAUUUUCUUCAUAUUAUUACAAAGUUGUACUUCUAUUUAUUCUUCUAUGGUUAUUGUGUAUUAUGCAUUUGUUUGUUACCUUUGAGCCCAGGGUUCCAGACCUUCUUUAGGGUAUUACUAUUUGUAUCCCUCUCUUGAGCUUCCUUUUGUUGCGCUUAUCUUUUCUCAGUUUGCCUUAUCUCCUUCUUGCUGUCUGUGGCUGCAUUUCUCCUUCUUCCUGUCUUUUUGGCGCCAUUUUGCGCCUGUUUCUCCUAUCCAUUCAGCUGUUUUUUGUGAAUGAAUCAAGCCCGUUCAGCUAAUUUCAUCUCAAAACCAUUCUGUUCGUUAGUUUUACUGGCAUAUAGCAUCAUUUGUCUGUUUGCCACGUUUGACUAAUUUUAUUUGAAUGGUUUGCUCGUUUGUCUGUUUUUCCUAUUCAUUCUAUUCAUCUAUUUGUUCACAUAAAUUUGUCUCUUUUUGCCGAACGUUCAGCUCUUUAAUUUAGACAAAUUCACAUGAUUUUUUGCCACGAAUCUCACUAGAUUGCUGGCGGACAUUUUGUGACAUCCUGUCCUUCUGACUCUUUGCUCUGCCUUAUGUUUUUCUUCCUCUCUGCCGGUCUGGACUCUGGUGAGCUCCCUUUCUUUACCCUCUUAAAGGUAUAGCUAGUCUGGGGUGAUUAACUCCUGCUCGUCUGUUUUGUCAUUUUAGUUUUUAAUUUUCACUCCUUACAGUACUUUAUAUAUAUAUAUUUGUAGUUAAAGGGGAAAUCUCACAGCAUUACUAUGCCCAAAUCCAAAAUGCCUGCCAGUCCCUUUUUUCCCCUUGGAUGAUGGACAUACCCCAAGUUUUGGGUAACCCCUCUGACAGCUCUAUUCCCCUUCUUCUGCAGUAGACCCUAUAUCAAUGCCUGAUGAAGCCCAGUCCCUGGUGCUACAGCGUUCAGUUUCGGUCGCCAUUAUGGCCGCUAUGGGCUCCAUGUCCUCUGCCCUCUCCCAGACCAUAUCACAGCCUUACUUGUGCACCCUUUAGCUGCAAAAGGUUCGGCCAAAUCGCCGCACUUGGCGCGUCCCGCUCCAGGCCUUACAGGGGACACACCUAAAAAGGCUACCACCAAAUCCAGGCACUUAAGUCCCCCUGCCUCCAGAACCAAUAUGAUGGGUGCACCCAUGACCACCCAUGAUCGCGUGCCUAUGUCACACAAAAGAGCCUUCCCGCACCAGGCAGAACAGGUGCGGCAGUGGAAAUGUGCUAGAGCACAGACUCCGACUCAGAAAUCGGGUCUAGUGAGGAGGCUGAUGCCGAGUCUGUGUGUGACUCUGACGAUGAGGUAUGCGGGCAGGACACUGACCCCCUUUUGUCCACGCUCAAUCGGGAAUGGUAGUGAGUAGCUCUUGGAGCGACUCCACCGCUACUGCGGGUUCCACCCUCAUGGAUCUGUCUGGGGAACCCAUGUUUGACCCCGAUACUCUUCAUCAUCCAAGGUCGGCGGAAUGGCUCCCAGUGGACCAGGUGGCACGAUACCUGGAAAAUUGGGUACUAGACCUCUGGUGCUCAGCAAAGUCUGUGAGACCCCUAUUGUCGUUCCUGAGAUGACCCAAUUUCUCUCAAAGUUGGAAUGGUAUCCCGCAAGGGCUUAGAUUCGGCACUUACAUCAUGCCAGGAUAUACACCUGGACGUAUUUGGUCCUUUGGCCAAACUAUUUGACCUGGCUGUAAUCGCCAGAACCGAAAACUGGCAGGUUGACCCGGAGGAACUCCGCGGCUGGGUGCGGACGGCAAUCUGCAUAGCAGGCUGUGUUAACACCUCCCUGUCCAUAGUACGGCGUAAAGCUAUUCUUUUUAAAUUGAGCCCAAACUCACCAACCUCGCCCUCACUGAGGCGGGCAAGGAUGCCCAGGGCCUGUUAUUUGGGGACUCCUUUAUAAAGGACCUGGGAUGCUUUGUGGGUGCUUUUACAGCCAUGGAUAAAGCCCAAUCCUCUAUGAAGAGGGUAUUUCAGGUACAGGUCUCUACUAAGGCCGGAAGAUUUAUGGGUCGUCUGCCCAGCCGUUCCAGUUACCACGCCUGUGGAUUGGGACGAGGCUCCUACACCCAGAGAACACCCUACCAGGAGACGAGACACCAGGCCCCCCUUCUUCCCUUCUUCUGUAAAACCAUGGCGCUUUAGAGGGAACUCCGGUUCCUGACGCCCUUAUGGGAAGCUUACAUCUACCCCAUGUUUUCUCCAAUAGUGGUGUAGGGGGCAGGCUCCGUCAACUGGUUAACUGUCACUCCUGAUGUCUGGGUCCUGACCACCAUUCAGGGGUUUCACAUCGAGUUGGUCAACACUCUGGGUCACAUUCCCCCUCCUCCCCCUAUUUCACUCUCCGUGACCAACCAUGCCUUCAUAGACGUGGAACUAUCGGCCCUCAACGCAAAAGGGGCACUUGAACUAGCACCCAUAUCCCCUACAGGGUUCUCAGCUACAUUUUCCUAGUAGAAUGAGGAGCGGGCAGAUGCGCCCAGUUAGCAAACUCUGGGCCAUAAACACUAUGGUGAGCUAUCGCCACUUAAAGAAGGUGGGCAUUCAUCCCAUGUAAGACUGGUUCCUUCGGGGACACUGGAUGGUGAAGUAAGACCUCGAGGACACAUACUUAACGAUCCCAGUGACCGAGGCGUCCAGGGACUUAUUACGCCCCCUUUGGAAAGGCGACACCUGGUGCUUUACAUGCUUCCCUUUUGGACUCUUGUCAGCUCCUUGGUGCUUUACAAAUUGAUGCGCCCUGCCAUGGCUUGAGGGUGCAGUCCAGGAGUUCGGCUGAUAGUCUACCCGACGACAGCCUCAUCAUGACACAGGAUCGUUCGGACCUCCUGAAGCACCUGCAAUGGACGAUGGAUCUCCUCUCUCGCCUGGGUUUUUCCUCCUCAACUGGGAAAAAUCCUGCCUGUCCCCUUCGCAACGCAUGGAGUUCCUCUGGUUCACCGUAGACUCCAAAGUGGAAUCACUCAGCCCCCCUCCGUCCAAGGUACGGUUCAUCCGCAAGUCAUUACGCUGCUCACUAGCGCGCCCUCAGCUAUCGCUGCGUAAUCUGGCACAGAUCAUUGGCCUACUAGCUUCAUCAAUCAAGGUUGUGUUCCCAGCCCCUCUCCACUACCGUGCCCUCCAACGUCUGAAGAUUGCACACCCUCACAGUGGGACAUCCUAUGCGGACAUGGUCUCUCUGGACUCAGAAACUCAGGAUGAAUUGACCUGGGGGAUCCACAACCCCUCGACCUGGAAUGGGAAGGCCAUCUUCGGUUUCCACCUGGUGUUCACGGUGGAUUCAGACACAAGUUUCCACGGUUGGGGUGCCCACUGCAACUUUCGUGACCUGGAAUUUUGCGAACGGGACGGCCAGUUCGUGCAUCAGGCUGCGCAUGGACAUCAUCUCCAAAGUUCUCUAGGUUAACCACAUGGGCAGCAUACGGUCACCUGUUCUGGCCCGCUGUGCGAAGGACUUUUGGGCCUACUGUUUGGCCAGGAUCCUGGUCAUCAGGGCAGAAUACCUCCCCGGUCUCCACAACACUCAUGCGGAAUGGAGUUCAUGCUAUCUGGUGGACAGCAGCGAUUGCAUUGGAAUGUUGAAGUGUUCUCCACUCACUCGUUGCUCGGGCGACCUUUUGCCAUCGAUCUCUUCACAUCCCGGCUUACCUCCCAAUUACCUCAGUCCUACAGCUGGCACCCAGAUCCAGCCACGGAGGCAGUGGACACCUUCCUGCAAAAAUGGACUGGCUCAUUCCUUUACGCCUUUUUUGCUCUGUUUGCCAUGAUCCCUCGGGUCCUGCUCCAAGUACACUGCCAAAUGGCCGACCUGAUCCUGCUGACCCCACUCUGGGGGACCCAAUCAUGGUUCCCAUGGCUCCUGGAACUGGCGAUAGAGGUGCCCAGACUUCUCCCAUCAUGCCAGGACCACCUCCUGGACCCGUCGGGCCAACGACACUCCCUCCUACUGGACGGGUUGUUGCUGCUGCUCUCAUGAAGGAUUUUAGGGGUCCCUGGGAAAUCCAAGGGGUUUUCGGAUGCAACUCAAUGCCUCCUGGCUGACACAUGGGCUCCCGGAACUAGACGAGCAUAUGGGACCACUUGGAGAGCUUCGGCUGGCUGGUGCUUGGCUUGGAACUUGGAUCCCAUUUUGGCACCUUUGACUGCGAUCCUCCAAUUCCUCACUUCAUUAUUCUAGGCACUCUUUUACCUCCUGGCCUCCCAAUUCGGAUCUGUGACAACUGUCGGCCAAGUUGGUUUUCCCUUUUUUUGCCUCAUUUCAUGCACACUGGUUUUGGACGUACGUGCCCGGGACUACGAUGCUAGGUCUUUCACACUGGACGGGGUGACUUUUCACAUCUCCAGACGCAAUAAGACAGCUACUAGGUAAGUUUCGUAUUUGAGAUUUCCGGUUACCCCAGUGUUAUGUCCAGUGACCUGUUUGCAGGAAUAUGAGCUUCGGACGAGUGCACAUCGUUCGGCUUCGUCCCCUCGAUUUUUCCUCUUGGUUCGUCAACCCUUUGCCCCUGUGUCCAGUACUACCUUGGCUCGCUGGGCAAAAUGGGUGAUGUCGCUGGCUGGUGUGGAUACACCCAUCUUUAGCGCACGUCUGGGAGACCUGAUAAGGAUGGUGGACUGGUCCCAUGACUCAAUUUUUCGUGAGUUUAACUUUCGACCUAUGCCCCACGCCUUUUCUUCUGUUAUUGAUCAGCUUUAAACUUGCAAUAUGAGCCUCCGUGUCUUGACAUAAAAUUACAAGAUUUUGCUAUUUCAUGACAAAAAGUCAUGAUUUUAUGAAAGACACGGAGGCGAGUAUUGUCCCACCCUUUUAUGUUUCAUUCACUUGACUAUCCCCCCCCCCCCUUGUUGUUCUUUACUCUGAGGUAUGUUAUCUCUCAGGUUUGUUUUCAGGGGAUGGUAGGUAAUUGUGAUGCGCUCUGUGUUUAUGUUUCCUCUGACCUGCUAAUGUUAUGUUUUGUCUGGUGGGUUUUGUGUCUUGCGUUAUGGGCACUGUGUUGCUUUAGUUUAUCAAUACAUUAUGUCUUGGCAUGCGCAAUUUGGUUCAAGUACCGAUUUAACCGUUCGGCUCCUGUUUUUAUGUUUUCACAGGUUGACUCUGUGCUGUUUCUGUGCUGUUUGGGGAUCUUCACUACUUCCCACAAGGCUUCAUCACAUUGGCUGGAGGUCUAUGGAUCGUUCUGUGAUGGACUUCUCACUGUUGGCAUUUUCUAUUCGUUAUGGAUUGGUCCCAGUUUGCUUGUAGUUCCCGAUCGUUGUCCGGCUGGAUUUCGGAACGGUUGUUCUGCUGUGUUUUGGACUGAUUCAUCGAUUUAUAUUUGCUGGUUAUUGGUUUCCAUCUCCAAAGAAAGAGGAAAUAUGUGUGGAGGUUCCUGAAUAUCCCUUGGAGUAUCUUCACUCACUCACCACCCUGCAAAAAUUGCAUAUAAAUAUAUGUAAUCAAUAUUACACUAUUACUGUGAUUAAAUGUUAUAAUGAUAAUCCAUGCAUUAUUUGUAACCCUUCAGACCAUCAUUUAGCUAGGUUUCAAAGAUUGCUUAAAAAUGCUUUGUGGUUUUGUUGUGUAAGAAAGGGAACUUGCAUCUUUUAUUAUUUUUUAUUUUCUUUAUAUUUUUACAUUACUCACUUCUUUCUGAGAAAUGUUAAGUUUUAUUUCGUAACAUUUUACUGGGGAUUAGGUUUGUUUUAUUUAUUUAUUUUAGAAUAAAACCAGUCAGACAAAAAACAAUAUAAAGUCUUUAAUGUUUUGAAUAUACAGUGGAACCUCCGUUCUGGAACGCUCCCUUACUCUAACAAUUUGGUAUUCAAACAAAAUAUUUGAGAAAAAAAUGUCUUGGUAUUAGAACAAAAUCACACAGCAUGAACCUUGUUGGUAGCGCUUUAAAACCUCGUUCGUAUGACACGUCGGCCUCCUAGCACAAGACAACGCGAACAGAGCUUCGUUCUUUCAACAAACAGCUCAAUUAUGUCAGCAAACAGAGCUGACAGGUAAAGUGAAGUUAUAUUUUCAUUUCAUUUACAUUGUGUUUAUUGCUUUUCUGUAUGAUUUUAUGCAUUUAAAGUGUUAUUAAACGAUAACAUUUCUGUUGAAAUACUGUAAUUUUGGGGGGUCUGGAACGGAUCAAUCUAAUUUACAUUAAUUCUUAUGGAAAAUUUUGAUUUGGUUUUCGAACAAAUCGGUUCUCAAACAGCCUUCUGGAACGGAUUAAGUUCAAGUUCCGAGGUUCCACUGUAUACGAUAAUAAGCUCAGUUCCAUUGUCUCUUUAUGAAACAAUGUUAACUUCCAGUGUAUUUCCAAGUUGUUUUGACUGAAUCCUGACUAUGCAUUGUUAAAUGUCUAGUUGGCUUCUGUAUUUAGUGCUGCAACUUAUCUAGGGGAAACAUUUGUGGAGCCAUGGAAGUAGCUGACUCAUGAUAUCCUGUGUUACAGUUUGAAUUUAUUCCCAAUGGAGAUCUUGUUUUUUAGUACCUGGCUUGACAAAUUUGCUUUGAAUAUUGGAGCCAGCUAAAAAAUAAGUUAGGAGCCAGUUGGUUUUUUUUUUGUUUGUUUUCCGCGACAGAAAUACAAUUCUUAAAGGGGCACUUUAGUCACUAGAACCACUACAGCUUAAUGUAAUGUUUCUGGUGUCUAUAGCAUGUCCCUGCAGGUUUCUCAAUGUAAACACUGUCUUUUCAGAGAAAAGGCCAGGAACCUAAACAAACACACACACACACACUCAUGGACAGACACUCACACUCACUGAUGGAUGGACACACACACUCACGGACAGACACUCACGGAUGGACACACACACACUCACGGAUGGACACACACACACUCACGGAUGGACACACACACUCACUCACUUACUGAAUGACUGACUGACAGGUACACACACACUGACGGACACACACUAAUUUGAAACACUCACAGGCACAAACACACUGAUACUGACACACUCACACACAUUCUCUCACACACUCACAAAUUAUUUUUAAUAUUUUUUAUAUUUUAUGUCAGUCCACCCAGUGUUCCUACUUUUGGAAAAGCUGGAGUGGAUCGGCUUUCCCUGGGGUCUAGUGGGGAUGCUCUGAUCAUAUUAAAGCUCUUCUUGCUCAGCUUCCUUGCGAGCUGUUUAGUGAUGCAUUACUGAAGGGCAUGCGGGAAAGCAGAGAAAGAAGAUUACAGCUCCCUCGCCGCCUGACUCCACUCUACUCCAGGCCUUUUUACCCUGACCCUACCGCCUGCCCUCACCCUCCGCGGGCCUGCCGCCUGCCCUCACCCACCGCGGGCCUGCCGCCUGCCCUCACCCUCCGCGGGCCUGCCGCCUGCCCUCACCCUCCGCGGGCCUGCCGCCUGCCCUCACCCUCCGCGGGCCUGCCGCCUGCCCUCACCCUCCGCGGGCCUGCCGCCUGCCCUCACCCUCCCCGGGCCUGCCGCCUGCCCUCACCCUCCGCGGGCCUGCCGCCUGCCCUCACCCUCCGCGGGCCUGCCGCCUGCCCUCACCCUCCGCGGGCCUGCCGCCUGCCCUCACCCUCCGCGGGCCUGCCGCCUGCCCUCACCCUCCGCGGGCCUGCCGCCUGCCCUCACCCUCCCCGAGCCGGCUGCCUACCUUCACCUUCCCCGAAGCUGGCCGCCUCAAAAGGAUCUGGCUCACAAAUCCCAUAUUUGUCAAGCCCUGUUUUAUUCCAACUCUAGAAUAUGUGAAGCAUUAGGAUUCCUUUGUCUGAAGUACAACACCAACAUUGUGAGGAGCAACCUAGAUAUAUAAACAAGUGAUACUUCCUUAUGUGUAGCACAGAGAUUGUAAUAAAAUAUGCAAAACAAUACAUGAAGUAAUAGAGUAAUAAAAAUAUACAUUUGUCUCUGUAUUUCUUCAGUCUGUGUUGGAUUCCCCAAACUAGGAAGUAACUGAUGCUUUCUCUAUUUUACAUAUCAGUGCUGUUUUAUAUGUACAACAAGGCGUUUCAGUUGUUGGCUUUCUGUUAUAUAAAGCUAUUGCCUCUAAGAUCUCAGAAGUCAUCACAAAACAUAUGAAGCUGUUUGGAAGCAUUGAAUUCAGUGCUUCUUUGUGAGAAGGAUUAGUGGUUUGUAACUGUAAUUGUAGUGAAAUAGAUUUUAUAUUCAUGAAAUGCUCAAAGGAGGGGGUUGCAUGACCGUGACUCUUUAACAGCAGUUACUGAUGGAAUCAUUCAGAUAUUGGUAAAAAUACAGUGAUGUUAUUUAUUCAAAAUAAAGUGUGUGAUCCUUUUAGUAUCUAAUAUUUAUACUCUGUAUUCAGCGAUGUUGGAGUUCAGACUUAUGCAUUAUUGACCAUAAAGCAAGCACCUAACAUCCUUGUAUUUUUCCUUUUGAUUCUUUUAAACUAAUAAUCAGACCAUACAUUGCAUUUAACCCCUAAAUGCCUCCAGGUGUCCCAUGGUGUCCUGAAAAAGGUGGGCUUUAACCUAGGCAGUCCCCUGCAGCAAAACAGGCCCUUAGCCAUGUCCGGAUUGGCAUGAUCCGGAUCAGCAUAAAUCAACACACACAAUUUAUUAACCAUAUACUUAUAUAUUUUAUAUAUAUUUAUAUAUAUAUAUAUAUAUACAUAUAUAUAUAUAUAUAUAUAUAUACAUAUACAUACACUUAGAUCAGUGUAACAUAAGUUGGCACACAAGUUCAAUGUUUCAGUCAAUAGUGGACUUUUAUCAAGAGAAUGUGGACAGGUGUUUAAUGUUCUUUUAUAGGACAUUGAUUACACACAGCUUAAGUGAAAUAUUUUUUUAUAUAUAUAUAUAUAUAUAUAUAUGUUUUAAGGCCGUUUGGCCUGUAUUUGUGGGAGGGGCUUAAAAUAAUUCACUCCCCUAUAUAAGGGACACCCCUUACCUGACUCAUAUCGCUUGAGGUCAGCAUCAGAAUGAUUUCCACUUCCGGGUCAUCCAGACGCCAUUUUACCUGAUUACUCCAUGAGGUUUUCUAAGCAGAGCUGUGUCAGGAAUCCAGCCACAGACUUUUCCGGCCUACCACCUUCUUUCUUCAAUCCAUCGCCGUGGAUGGUGUCCAAGUGACUCACAAACCGUAAGUCGACCUACCCGUUACGCCAGGCAUCAGUCCCAUGGCACCAUGCACGGGUCAGGUCCUCACUUUACGGCUGCAUUUUGUCUAUGUCUGUUCUAAAACCAUUGCAUGUUCAUGCAUAUCAUUCAUUUAAACCCCCUACCGGUCUUUGGGUGUACUACAGGCUUCUUAGACAUUAUUGCAUUUCAUGUACAAACCAAUGAACCACUGCAUUUUCGCCUACACACUGACCCCUACCGGUCAUUUGGUGUACUACCGGCUUCUCAGACAUUAUUGUAUUUCAUGUAAAAAAUCAACCAACCCCUGCAUUUUUCACCUACACACUGACCCCUAUCGGUCAUUCGGUGUACUACAGGCAUCUUAGAAGUUUUUUGCAUUUUCAUGUACAAACCAAUAAACCACCUCAUUUUAACCUACACACUGACCCCUACCGGUUUUUGGUGUACUACAGGCUUCUUAGACAUUAUCGCAUUUCAUGUACAAAUAAAUGAAUCACUGCAUUUGCGCCUACACACUGACCCCUACUGGUCAUUUGGUGUACUACAGGCUUCUCAGACAUUAUUGCAUUUCAUGUACAAAUCAACGAAUCACUGCAUUUGCGCCUACACACUGACCCCUACUGGUCAUUUAGUGUACUACAGGCUUCUUAGAUAUUAUCGCAUUUCAUGUACAAAUCAACAAACCACUGCAUUUUCGCCUACACACUGACCCCUACCGGUCAUUCGGUGUACUACGGGCUUCUCAGACAUUAUUGCAUUUCAUGUACAAAACAAUAAACCACUGCAUUUUCACCUACACACUGACCCCUACCAGUCAUUCAGUGUACUACAGGCUUCUCAGACAUUGCAUUUCAUGUACAAACCAACGAACCACUGCAUUUGCGCCUACACACUGACCCCUACCGGUCAUUCAGUGUACUACAGGCUUCUCAGACAUUAUUGCAUUUCAUGUACAAACCAACUAACCACGGCAUUUUCGCCUACAUACUAACCCCUACUGGUCAAUCAGUAUACUACAGGCUUCUCAGAUUUUAUUCCACUUCAUAAGCAAACAAACUAACUACAGCAUUUUCGCUUUCAUACUGACUUCUAUCUGUCAAAUGGUAGCAUUAACCCCUUAAGGACACAUGACAUGUGUGACAUGUAAUGAUCCCCUUUUAUUCCAGAAGUUUGGUCCUUAAGGGGUUAAAGGUUAUUUUAACAUACAAUCAGCAUUUCUGACCCCUACUGGUCAACAGCAAAACUGUCUUCACAUGUCAUAUACAAUUUACCAGCCAAUAUAAAUUACACAUAAGAUUGUUUUAAACAUAACUAUAGACCAUAAAUUAAACUCCAGCACGGGCUCAACUUCAGGUUUAAUUCACAAUAAUUUACAUUUCACAUCAAGACCAACAGUGGUUCUAUCAACACUGCCACCUACAGGUCUGUCAAGUACAUUGACAAUUUUCAUGGGGUUUUACAAACACCAAAACACUGACCCCUGUAGGUCAACAGACAAACAACAUUUCACAUACCAAUCAGUAUCCAACUACACUGCCACCUAUAGGGCACUCGGCAGAUUUCCAGUGCACUUGCAUUUUGCAACACCAUGUUCACUGACCCCUACCAUUCAAUAAGACAUACAACAAUUCAGAUAUCAAGUAGUAAAACCUAUACGGAUUGUCAGGUUCAAUACCAUACUACCAGGUACAUACACCUGCUCACGUAGUUAUCCAUCUCUUACCUUACAUGGAAUAGUAAUAGCAUACUGGCAAUUAGGGUUCUAGGGCCCAAUAGGUAUUACCCCCUUUUUUCUCUGCAUUACGCUUCGGUUAGUUGUCCUGCGAGGCCAACACCCCGCCUCACACCCGCCUCAGGCCACUCGUGAGCUAGCCACCUCGCAUUGUAUCAUAGAGUGGGCCUCACCUGUCACUCCCCUUCCUAUUUUCUUGUUACUGUCACUGAGAGGCCAACAUCCUGCCACAACGUUCGGUGGCCACAAAAAAUCCCCUCACGCCAACGCAUAGAUAGAGCCUCUCAAACCACUUGGCAACUAGCCGGGCCUCACCAGUCACCAAAAAACACCAAGCCUAAUUGUUUUGCCUUAUGGCUUAGCUAGCAAGCCAGUACAAGACCCCUGGGUACAAAUAAUAAUUGCAAUCUUUAUUGUUAUUUAAGUAUUUCUCAAAAAGAUGGUGAAGAAUCACCUCUUCCUAACACCCCGGCUAGAAUUGAUACACCUUCAAGCAGAGGAGAUGUUGCUAGUCCAGCAGCAAUCAGAUCCUGGACGAUCCCACACAUUACCACCGACCUAAGGAGGUGACCAGUCCCCUACCCUGCUACAGCAAGGAAAGCAGUUAUUCAAACUCCUCUAUACAUCAACGGACAACACGGAGGCAGGGGAAGGCCCAGCUACAUCAACUCAGGUGACACCCAGGCUAUGCUAGCUUCACUCAUAAACUCAUGAGCCAAAAAAAAAAAAAUUAUGACAGACUGGCAAUCUCGAGUUGGUCACCACAGCCCUCACAAGGCUGGGCCUCACGCUACAGUACAACCAGCACCAACCGAAACUCUGUUACCUGGUACAAUCAAUUCUUAUGACACACAAGAUGUUAAACCUGCACGUAUGAUCCCAGCACAUUGGGGAAGCAAGGCAUAUAUAUGUAUGAUGAUGUAUCUGUGAUGGUCAGAUCCAGGGAUUCCAGGUAAAUUGGGAACUGACCAUCCCUUGGUUGGGUUGGCAUUUGGAAUAUGUGGAGAUGUUUAUUUGUGCAGGUACCCAUACAGAAGGGAUUUUGUCCCAAACAAAUGGACGAGCACUCUCAGGCUCCAGGUACCAGCACCUCUGAACUACCAGAGACCACUGAUAUGAGUAGUUGCAUUGCAUACAGACUUUUGCAUAUAUGUUCAAAUAGUUCAGGGCACAUGACAAACCAUGUGUCCCAAUACAACUUACAAAUAACGUAUUCACCAUCUGUACACACCAAUGCAUUUUCAACACUACUGACUCAUCACCCUUCCAGACUUGUAGUAGAUUUACUAAAGCUCUGGAGCUUCAAAGGGCUCCCAUACAGUUAUCAUAAACACACCUUCAAGGAAUAUAGCAUGCCCUCACUUACAGUCAGCACAACAAACCAUUGGCUGUAAACACACUCAUAGCCAAGAUUUGCAGAGGGGUCUUCCAAUUUCCACCAUUUACAGCAUACACACACAUUGGUAUUGUCACAAGGAAUCUUCCCUUAAACAAAGACUAACCAUAGACUUAUUGGCACCACACACCUCCGCUACCCCAAGUCUCAACUCCCUCAUACCCUCCGAAGAUUUUUCUUACUAUACAACACCAUUGAUCUACCUUUACAGCUAUCACUCAAGCAUGGGUUGAAACUUGGUUAAGUAAGACCAAUAUCAUCAACGCAGUAAACGGCUACCAUCUACCCUACACACUGGCACUUACAUGGCAUAAAAUGGGCAAUCCUUUCCCCGCUAAAAGCAGCUGCUGUGGCAUGGGGUAAAUCAUGGUCAGGGUCAUCAAUCCGUUGUUACGCAUGGUAUUGCUGGGGAACUCACUUGGUUGGCCACUUACCACAUUUCUUUUACUUUCAUGUACCAGGCGAGGGUAUACAUCCCUGCGGACAAUUGUCUAAUUUAUAUUCCAGGCAUGUUCAUCAUAUGCUUCCUACAGCCGCCCAUACAGUCUCGGCCACUCUUUCGUUCCAUAGACAAAAUCAUGGAUUAGACAUACUCAUGCAGCAUAGCAUGCACUAUCCCACCUAGCACUUUCAUCCCAUACUUGUAGAACGCAUAACACAGCUAUUCACCUGGCUUUAAAGAAUCUCAUUGGAACACAACAUAGCUCAACCUGUGUCAUAACAUUUCUAGGUUUUGCUUCAUUUUUGCCACCUUAAACUAAAACCAUCUCACACACCAUUAAUUAUAUAUUUUACAGGCAUUCAACAACACAGGAUAACCUAUGGCCAAAACUACCAUAACUUCAUGCUAUCAUACCAGACAAGAAUAUACUCAGAGGUUUCAGGAAUCCAUCCCCCCACGUUCCUCUCAGAGAUUACCAAUAGCCAUCCAACUUUUCAAUCCUUAUCGGACCUAUUAGAGCUACAACCAUUCAAUUAUGCUACCAAGUCGGCCAUUACCAGCCAUGCACACUGCCUUUUAUGCCUUUCACAGGCCAGAGAAUCCACUACCAUAACCACCACUCAGACAGAUCAUUGUCUUCAACAAUCCCACGUAUGUAAACACAUAUAUCAUUACCUAUUGGCUCUACCACAUUCCGAAACAAGUCAACACGCACCAACAGUAGAGAUAACAUACUAUCCUAACCACAACAAAUGGUGUCCAGUUGCGGUCCUAGAUUCCUACCUUCAAAAUCCUUCAAGGAAUUAAAUACCGUAAUGCAUUUAAGGAAAUGUCUGGUUAAUUUGUAUAUAUUGUUGACUGUAUUAAAUCUUUGAUUAUUCUUUUUGCCCUCUUUAUUUACAGGCCUACCGUAUCUUCGGUCUCGGCACACCACAACCGACUUGCUCCCUUUAUACUAUCCUACGCUUAUGCUGGAACCUUACUCCAUAUACGGCUAUUUGCCCCGAACACAAGUUUUAAGGCCAUUUGGCCUGUAUUUGUGGGAGGGGCUUAAAUUAAUUCACUCCCCUAUAUAAGGGACACCCCUUACCUGACUCAUAUCGCUUGAGGUCAGCAUCAGAAUGACCCUCCCACCCACUCCUCAUUUCAACACUUUCUCUUUUCUUUCCAUUUACUUUACUUUCUUACUCCUUGGUGGGCCCUCUUUAUUUACAGGCCUACCGUAUCGUCGGUCUCGGCACACCACAACCGACUUGCUCCCUUUAUACUAUCCUAAGCUUAUGCUGGAACCUUACUCCAUAUACGACUAUUUGCCCCGAACACAAAUAUAUAUAUAUACACAUACACACACACAUUCUACAUGUAUAUUUAUGUAAUCUUUUGACAUAAUUAAGGGGAGGGACUGUUGUACUCGGAGAAUUCACUGAAUACAAAUAUAAGUGCUUCAAAACAGUAAAACAUAUCACAACAUCAUCAGUGACAGUGCAGUUUGUGUGUGGAAAAAUGCAAACAAAUGAUCUGAACAAUAACUUUGGCCAGUGUUUGUGACUAAGUGGCUACUAAAAGAUUGGACAUACACUCAUUUUGAACACCCUGGGUCGUCUGCAUGUGGGUAAUUUUCAUUCCUGGGCGGCCAUAUGGUCUCAAAGGCAAUAUAGGCCUAGAAAGCCAAUCUCGCAAAUUCCAAUUCUGUAAAAGCUGAAAAGGGGAAUGCCCUAUAUAUGACCCUGUAAGUUUCCAAAACCCCUUAAAUCCUGCACCUGAUAGGUACUGUUGUAUUCAUGAGACAUUGCUGAAUACAAAUAUGUGUAUUUUAUUGAAGUAAAAGCUAACAGUGUUAUGACAUGCACAGUUAAAAUAAAUCUUUUAGAUUUUAUUCAAAUAAAAUUGUUUCAUAUAUAAAUAUUUGAUGGGAAAUUAAAGAUCUGUUUCUCCUGAACAAAAUGAUAUCUAAUAAGUGUGAGUGCUUUUAAUAUGAAAGAGGUGGAUUAUGCUUGAACAGACAGUCAGAAUCCAAGUUUUGUUUUGUUUACGUUUUGUUUUGAUCAGAAUUUGUAGAAUUGCCUCCGUCAUUAAGAGGUUAAUGCAAAUAUAAACCUUUGUUUCCAAAUAAACUGAUUGUUUUUUUUUCUUCUUCUUUUAAUUCCAGUUCCUCUACCAUUUAAUCUGGAAAUGAAAUCAUAUAAUUUUAAUACUACUAUACAAUGGGAGUAUAAAAUAACUUCUGUGAGUCCUUAUUUUCAAGUGGAAAUCAAGAAUUACAAGUAAGCGUAAUAUUACAUAAUUUGUGUUUUGUAUAUACAGUUGUAAUCAAAAUGAUUCAACCCCCAAUUAAAAUCAGAUAUACUGUCAACAUUUACAAACAUAUGAACAAAUCAAACAAAAGCAACUGAACUAGAAACGAAUGCUUCAAGUGGUUUCCCCAAGUGUAUCUGAAAAUGCAAUUUAUCAUUUCUCCACUAUCAUGGCAAACAUCUUUAGUACUUAGUAGAGCACCAUUUUGCUGUAAUCACCUGUACAUGUACCAAAUUACUCCUACUGAAAAAAUACGCACCUAUUCACUCGCAAUAAAAAAAAAUUAAAUAAGCACCUGCUAAUUCUAAUAUAAUUGAGGCAUGCACACUAAUAACUUUGCAGCCAUGGAGAAUGCUCUCUGCAGCAGUGGGGUGGUGAGGCUAAGAAGCUUCUGACAUGUGUUCAGGCGAUGUCAAACUUUGGGCCAUAUGACCACUCAUGGUCCCACUCUGAUGUCCGUAUGCCUCUCGCUAAUAGGCAUUAUUAUUACAUUACAUUUUUACCAGCUUUAUUAAAGGACACUUUAAAGCGGCACUGUCAUGCGGAACUUACCUUUCCCAAAUCGCUUCCACUUCUCUCCCUCUCUCAGGAACUGCUCUUCUUUUCUUCCUGUCUGCUCUAGUUUUCUUUAAAACAUAAGACAAAGUAGGGACUACUUUUAUCUUGUGGAGGUUUCCUACGCUUGACCAGCUUUGACCCACUUCACACGGUCAAUGGAAUUUUCUCACAAUUCUCAUCUGAUCUUGCGAUGCCUCCUUUCACUAUUCCCCACCAUCCUGUCAUAUAGAUAGGGCACUGGCGAAACUACUGAAUUCCGUCCUAUUUGAAUGAACAGCCGGUUAAUUCAUGUUAGAAUGGCAUUCGGUAGUUUCUGUUCAGAUCAGAAUUUAAUUUGAAUAAAUUAAAUUGUGAUCGUAUUCGUGCCGCGGCUGCAUCUUGCAGUCACGUAGUAAACAGCUCACUAAUUCCCACAGUAUUCGGGAGCUAUCUACUACAAGGCUGAAAGACCAAAACUGGUCUUUCAGCCAAAUUUAAUAAUACUAAGUAAAAAUUACUUGGUAUUAGUAAUUAUGUACAAACAAAUAAUAGUGAGAGCACACAAAUAUUUUUACCCACAAAUGAUGAAUCACUUAUCCUGUAAUAAAACAAAGAGAAGGAAACAUAGGGUAAUAAAGUAAAAACAAUAAAUAAAAUAUGUGUUGGUCUCACUCACAUAUACAGAGCCACUUAAAAAGCUGGCUCAAACUGCAUGCCUUGAAUAACUCGACGUUCCCAUGGACUUAUCUUCAUAAUCCUUACAAGAAGUACCUCCAAACAGCUGGUUUAGGGGGUUACAACUAUAACUUUAUUAUCCAAUAUAACAGGAAACAAAUUUAAAAGGUAUUAGAAUAAUGUCCCAAAAAUUAGGAAACAAAUAACACCUAACACAUUUCGGCUAUCAAGCCUUCAUCAGAGGUAUUAAAAAUAGUCCAGGCAUGCAGUCUUUUAUAGCUUUUUUUUGGCGCCAUUUUUCACCCUCUGUUACUUCCGGGUUCCAUAACACUUCCGGGUUUCACCUUUUUCACUUUUAUACUUUAUUUAUUGGUAUUAGUAAUUACUCUGCCCCUAUUAGCUAUGGGAGAACCUAUUGACCCAUGAGCAGCGUGUGGGGGCCCUAAAUGACAAUGGGGGGAGGACAUAGGUCCUCCCCCGUCCCCCAUCCAUGAGCAGCCUAAGAUAAAACAGAGGGGGCGAGGGAGACCUGUUGUCCCGGUCCCAACCCAUAAGCAGCGGGUGGGGGCCCUAAAUGACAAUGGGGGGAGGACCUAUUGUUGUCGUCUCCAGCUCUAAAUGUAAAAAAUAAAUUAAAAAAUCCUUGGAGGGGGGUGACUAGUGGUCCCCAAGCACCUAGUCACCCCCCUCCAGCCCAAAAAAUAAAACACAUUUCUACCUACCCCCUUCAUCCUAAAAAUAGUGGGGGGGGGGGGCAAUAAAACUAACUCCCUGUAUUUAAAAAUAAAUACUUACCAUUUGAAGUCUUCUUUUUUCAACCCCAAAGAAGGCCAGAUUAAAAACCAUAAAGCCCGUCGAAUUUAUAAAAUUAAAAAAAGACCCCUAGCACCCCCCAAAAAAGCAGGGGGAAAAAAAUUCAGACGCUAAAAAAAAUAAUCCAUGUUUACCCAGCGAGGGCACCACACAGACUGCGCUCCACAGGGCGGAGAAAGGCUUAUAAAGCCUUCCCACGCCCUGCAAUUUGACUCAGAGGGCUCUGAUUGGUUGGUUUAAGCCGACCAAUAGGUGCGCUCUGAUAGGUAAACAGUGAGCCUUACCUGAUUGGCUCGCUAUUUACCUAUCAGAGCACUCUUAUUGGUUGGCUUGGAAUCCAACCAGAGUGCGCGGAGUAAUUUUACACAGUGUUGGAAAGUUCUUUGGAUUUUCCCACGCUGUGUAAUUUGACUCAUAACAACACUUUGAUUGGUUGGCUUGGAAUCCAACCAAUCAGUGUUCUGAGUCAUUUUACACAGCGUGGGAAAAUUCCAAAGAACUUUCCCACGCAGUGUAAUAUUACUCGGAGCACUCUGGUUGAAUUCCAAGCUAUUUAGGUCCCAUGGGUUGGGGCCGGAGGGGCAAUAGGCCCCCACCCGCCACUCAUGGGUGGGGGGCAAUAAGCCCCCACCCGCCGCUGAAGGGGGACACUAUGUUCCUUCUGAUGGUUAAUAGAUAGGUGGGGGGGACUUUUUUUUAAAGAAAACAAGAUGGUUGAGAGUGGAGCAGUAUAUUAAAAGAUGGUGGCUAUUUAGGUGAUAAACUUCAAAUAUAUAUACACAAUGUAUAGUAGUUAAGAGUAAUACUUAAUGCAAUACUCAGCAUUUAAGAGAUGACCUCCAUAUGAUGUUCCUCAGUACAUACAAAAGAGACAUAAAAAAUACAUAAUAGUGUAGAUUGUACAGAAAUCUCAGGUCUGAACAGUGUUCCCACACUGUAUACCCUAUUUAAUGGGCUAAGGAAAUACACUGGCAGAAUAAAAUAGAUUUAAUUGAGUAAAGAAAGAAUUAUACAAUUAAUUUAUUAAUAGGACAUAUUUAAAAAUUUCUAACACAUUAAACAAACUGCCUCUUACUAGAGAGAAUGGUGAGUUUAGCACGGCAUACGCCACUACUCACUGCCCGGCUUGAUUUAAGAGUGGAGCUGGAGAUCCCGGCUUCUAAAUCUGUAGUUCAGAGCUGUUUCACAGGGUUGCAUUCCAGCGUAGUGAUGCGAGCCGUUGUUAGUCACCGCCCCCUCUGAUGUCUACGUGUUUCGCCGUUAACCUGGCUUCCUCAGGACGUUAAUGCAGCAGUAGCCAUCUUUGGUGAGGGUUUUAAAGCCCUUAGGCUUUAGGCUUUUCUGAUAGGCGCUCUCAUAAGUCCUCAUUCGCAUACCCCCCAAGAUGGCAAUUGGAGAGUAAACAGUCUUUCACAGCAUAAAGUUCAUGUAUUAAAUUGGUAGAGAAUCAUAUAACUCUGGCACAAUAAUAAACACACACAAACUGGCAAAAGGCAUUAUUCCCUAAAUUUUCAUUUAAACUUUAUAAUACAAUUCAAAAGAGUUUUUUAUCAUUAAAAAGUACAACAUGUUUAUUAAAAGAAUGAAAAAAGUCUCCUCCAAAAUUAUUUCAUUCAUGUGGAGAAAUAGCUAAAAUGUAAUUAAAAGGAAAAAAAUAAUUUUUUUCAACUUUUACAACAAUUUUUAUUGAGUUCAUCAAUUCUAACAACGAAAUAAACUUUUUUGAUCUCACUAUUUAUGUGGAAAAUUACCUUUUAAAGACCAAAACCUUUUUCAAAGCUGUGGAUGUGAACAGCUACAUUAACACCAGUAGCUGUCAUUAUAGUCCGUGGCUGAGUAACAUACCAAAGAGCCAACUUUUUAGACUAAAAAGAAACUGUACGGAAACAAGUAUGUUUAUAGAACAGAGUCAAAAAUGGGUCCAAGACUUUAGAGACCGGGGGUAUCAAGAAGAACUUCUAGAAAGUGCCAUUAAGGAUACACACCUUAAAGAGAGAACAGACCUAUUAGAAUAUAAGCAAAGUAAUAUAACACUUAACAGCGACAUAAACUUUAUAUGUCCGUACUCUGGGGGCCAAAACCAAUGGUAUGACCUGCAGCUCUCAGAAUGUUGUAUACAUGCUCAUUUGCCCUUGCGGACUUGGGUAUGUGGGACGCACGACUUGACCACUACGGACCAGAAUUAUGUGAGCAUGUGUACAACAUAAAGAGAAAAUUUGCACUCCAUCAGGUAUCUGUACACUUUAGAGAUCACCAUAAUGCAAAUUCAAUGGGACUGGAAUUCAUGGGAAUCCAAAAAGUAAAAAGUGAUUGGAGGUGGGGGGGGGAGAUUUCGUCCAAAAAAUAGGUCAAGCAGAGAUGAAAUGUAUAUAUGAAUUAAAUACAAUGAUACCCGAUGGCUUGAACAAUGAUUUUGAGAUCUGCCACUUUUUAAAAUAAUUGGGUACAUUUUUAAGUACAUUUUAAAAUAUUAUUCUAAAAAAGGUAUUUCGAACUUUUAACCUAUAUUACAUUUUAAAUUUUGAGUACCCCCUUGUUUCCAUGAAUCCCUAUUGUAUCAGUGUUAUCAAAUUAAUAUGUUCUGUAACUGCAUGAUCACUGUCACUUUAAAUCAUUACAAUUUAUGUACUAUCACUUUAAGAAUGAGAGUUCACUGCAUCCCUGCAAGUUUGACAAUAUAAAAUGGGUAUUGAUGCAUUAGCAGUCACUUUAUACUUUAUAAAAGUCUAAAAGAAUGGUUUUCAUUGAAACAAUAAUAUUAAUACAUUUUUUCUUUUUUUCCUUUUAAUUAAAUUUUAGCUAUUUCUCCACAUGAAUGAAAUAAUUUUGGAGGCGACUAUUUUUUUCAUUCUUUUCAUAAACAUGUUAUACUUUGUAAUGAUCUAAAACUCGUUUGAAUUGUAUUAUAAAGAUUAAAAUGAAAAUUUUGGGAAUAAUGCCCUUUGCCAGUUUAUGUGUGUUUAUUAUUGUGCCAGAGCAAUAUGAUUCUCUACCCAUUUAAUACGUGAACUUUAUGUUGUUAAAGACUAAGUAUUACUCUCCAAAUGCCGUCUUGGGGGAAUGUUAAUGAGGACUUAUGAGAGCACCUAUCGGAAAAGCCAAAUAUAUUACUAAGGGCUUUAAAACCCUCCCCAAAGAUGGCUACCGCAGCAUCAAAGUCCUUAGGAAGCUGGGUUAACGGCGAAACGCGUAGACUUCAUCAGAGGGGGCGGAGACUAACAACGGCUCGCAUCUUUAUGCUGGAACGCAACCCUGUGAAACAGCUCACCAUUCUCUCUAGUAAGAGGCAGUCUGUUUAAUGUGUUGGAAAUUUUUAAAUAUGUCCUGUUAAUAAAUUCAUUGUAUUAUUCUCUCUUUACCCAAUUGAAUCUAUUUUAUUCUGCCAGUGUAUUUCCUUAGCCCAUUAAAUAGGGUAUAUUGUGUGGGAACACUAUUCAAACCUGAGAUUUCUGUACAAUCUACACUAUUAUGUAUUUUGUAUGUACUGAGGAACAUCAUAUGGAGGUCAUCUCUUAAAUGCUGAGUAUUGCAUUAAGUAUUACUCUCAACUACUAUACAUUGUGUAUAUAUAUUUGGGGUUUAUCACCUAAAUAGUCACCAUCUUUUAAUAUACUGCUCCACUCUCAACGAUCUUGUUUUCUAUGUAUACUGUGUAUGUUUAAGGGUAUCAUACGCAGUGUAUUCAGCAGCAAUUUGUAAAUAAUUCCAACUCCAAAUAAUAAAUCCAAAGAUUUUUAAAUUUCUUUUUUAGAGCGCUCCAGAAAUGUAAUACGUCAUCAAACUUUUUUAAUAGAUGGGGAGGUUCACAACAGUCGCGACAUAGCGAGUAGGGGCAUUCGGGUGAUUUUAAUCUCCCUUAUGCUAUUAUGGGAGUCAUAUUGACCCCCAAAGAGUGAGGGAGGACAUGUGGGGGGGUUAGGAAGUGGCGGGGAGCACAGCUCCCUGAUGCUUCUAUUUUUACAUAUUAGAUUUAUUACAAGCGCAGCUCUCUCCUUGUAAGAAAUUAACGAACAACCAAACACCAACAUUCGGUCUUUGUUUCUUCGUUUGAAAUUUCUAUUCAUUCAUUCGUCUUUCUGACGAAUAAAUUAUAGAAAUUCCCGUCCGAAUGCCAAACUUGGCAUGCACGGGAAUUUCACAACGCUAUCUAGUGUGGGCAGAUGACGUGUCUCACAGAGACUUCAUCUACCAACACAAAGAUGGCGGCGCCCAGGACUUAGGUCCGGGCAGAAAAUAAAUAUUAAAUAUAGGUAAUGGGGCAUUUGGGGGCGACCGGAGGGGCUAUUAGAUGUAUUCGAGUCGGGAGGGGGGUUAAAAAAAAAAAAAGGAUGCAGCCAUGAUCCUUAGUGUAGCUGCUAUGGUGCAAGGAGCUUUGGUUCUAAUCACGCAAGUUUUCGUUUAAACGGCUUUCAAAUAGUUUGACAAAAUGAGGUCUCACUGGUACUCAAAGGUAUCCCUUCUUCUGACAAAUCAACGUUAAAACAUUCUGAUGCGCCAAUUUGACCUGGGGUCUAGGAAAACUCCUUAAAAACUGUUUGACAAAAGUCUCUAAAGAGCAUGCGCUCACAGGCUGUAGUGCUAUGGUGUUCAUAGUGUUAAGUGUUGCACAUUAAAAAAAAGUAUGUUAUGUUGGUCAAAGGCAAACUGCAUUGCUGCUUUGCAUGUCAUAUACUUUGAGACACUAAAUCCCAGUGUGUUGGUGACAUUUUAUGUACAAACUGUGAAGAAAGCGAUUUGAAAGCUUCUUGGGAACCGAAGAUUUAACAUGAAUGUUGCUUCACAUAAACACCUUGUGUUGAAGUUUCAGAUGGGCUCAUUUUAAGAUCCGGUGAUCCUGUUUUAAAAAUAUAAUGGAAAGAAGUAUCAAGUGUGUCCACAUACAUAGAAUAUUUAUCAAAGUAUUUCAGUCACUGUAGAUUCUAUUUAAAUUACAUAUAUUCUGUGUUAUUCACUUAAUACAACAUUUUGGCAAAACUGAGGCUAAAAUAGCUGGUUUAGAAAAAAUAUUCAGCUUGGCUUUAGCCACAGCUUAGCUAUUUUAGCCUCUGUUUUUGCAAUUUGGAUUUAAUUCACUAAAAUCUUAUUAAGGAGUUUAGUGAAUAACCCUGGGAGAGUUGCAUGAUUAUAAUUCCCAUUUUAUAUUUUAGAACUGGUGACAAUUGGACUGUUGUCAAUAACUGCAAAAGAAUCCCACAGCAUCACUGUGAUCUCUCAAAAAAAAUUAAAGAGCCUGAUGUUUUCUACAAUGUGCGUAUAAAAGCUUUUCUUGGAACAGAAGAAUCUGAAUAUGCCACAAAAAGAGAUUUUUGCUUGAAAAUUGAUGGUGAGUUACCUAUUUUGAUUGGUUUUCUUUAGAGUUGUUGUCCACUGCUUUCUGCUUUCUUUUAGAAGAAUAGAUAUUCCCCUUAAAGGAGUACUAUAGGGUCAUUAACACAAACAUAUUCCUGGCCCUGUAUUGUUGAAACCUCCAUCUAUGCCCCCUGGCCCCUUCUUGCCUCCCUAAAUCUAGUAAAAUCUUACUUGUAUUCAAGUCUGCAGCUCUUGGCUCUGCCCCUGUUUGCCUGUGAACUGCCUCUGUUUGCUGACAUCAUCAGAAGUGGUGAUCUGAGCCAAUCACAAUGCUUCCCCAUAGGAUUGGCUGAGACUGUCAAGGAGAAGUUGAGGGGCAGAGCCAGCACAAGUCAAACACAGCCCUGACCAAUCAGCAUCUUCUUCUAGAGAUGCAUUGAAUCAAUGCACCUCUAUGAGGAAAGUUCAGUGUUUUCAUGCAGAGGGUGGAGACACUGAAUGGCAGUCACACUGUGCAGCACUGCCCCAGGAAGCACCUCUAGCAGCCAUCUGAGGAGUGGCCAGUCAAUGUAUCACUAGGAUGUAAUGUAAACACUGCAUUUUGUCUGAAAAGACCGUGUUUACAGCGAAAAGCCUGAAAGGAAUGAUUCUACUCACCAGAACAAAUGCAAUAAGCUGUAGUUGUUCUGGUGACUAGUGUUCCUUUAAGCCUUUUACUCAAAGUACCUUACGCAAUAUAGGCCAAGCAUCUCCAGUCUCACCACUUGACUUUAACACAUUGUAAUGGGACUUAUUUAGCUGCCCUCAGCAUGUUGUCUGAUAUAAUUGCAGACCUAAAAUCUUCUCUAUACCUAGAUAAUUUUCCACUGCAUUGAAUUGGAGCUGAAUUAUUAAAAUAUUUUUGGACCUGUCCUUAUGAUGACUUUUAUAAUCCAUACCACUUACACAUCCUUUAUACAAGAAAAUAAAGUUGCCUAUAUAGGGCAACAUUCCAAAAUUGGUUUGAUCAAAAUGGCUAAUGUUUUUUAACAUUUGUGUCUUUGGUAAAAGCAUGGUUUUACAGCCUCAAUAUUGUGUAAAAUAUCAAUUAUAUUUGUAUGGGGGAGAGGGAAAUGUUUACUAGAUAUACCCCCGAAUGAAAGCAUGCAAGCAUUUAUUUAUGCAUGUUGUCUUUGGGAUGGUUUAUGGAAAAAUAUAAGCUACAAGUUGUCUGUCUGCAGCCCUUGCAAUACCAACCCUUUUUCCACAGCAUAGGCUUUCAGUCUGUGCAGGGGAAAUGACCAAAAGGCUUUUUAUUGGGAAGCGUCUGAUUCUGAGCUAGGAGCAGGGGAAUUAUUUGGGACAGGCAGUUUUAUAGCUCUUUUACAUGAAUGGAGUUUCUUGUACUUUUUAUUCAGUACCAUACAAAUUCACUGACUGUUUCUGCAAGCAGGAGAGAGAUUUUUGUCAGCAUCAUGUUUAAUUUUCUGAUACUCUUAGCUUAGCUAAGGUUUACCAGAAGUUUGUUUUUUGUUUUUUUUUCUAGGCAUUAUUGGCCCACCUACUCUCAAUGCUACUGUGGAAAAUAAUGAAAUUGUUUUGGAUAUAUGGCACCCUACCACACCCUCAACGGAAAAGAGGAAAAAGACCAUAGGGGACUUUUAUGAAGAUUUUAAAUAUGUUGUGUAUAUACGUGGAAAUAAAACAUCUGAGGUGAGCUACAAAUUUUAUGUUCGAGGUUUUAUUUUUGCUGUUGAAUUAUUAUUCAAAUAACCCAGCCACAAGAAAAAAAAGUUACAAAUAAAUCUACUAUGAGGCUCAAUAAGAUUCAUAUGUUACUAUAAUGGAGGUAUUUACCUUUCUGUGCAUCAUCUGUAUUUAUACGUAAUGUUUAAAAGUAGUGACUGGGUAGCCAUAACUGGGAUGAACAAGGUGCCCACACCUGUGGUCAGCAAGUAGGAUCAAUUAUAUAUUUCAGGGGGAGGACCUAGUGAUCUUUCCCGCCUUUCUGGUACCCACCCCUUGGUGGCGGAGGCCCUAACAAUAAUACUAAUCAGGGGGUAGGGCCCAGUCACACGACCCCCACCCUUUCCAUCGGAGCACAAAGAAUAAUAGUCAGGUGGAGGAUCUAGUGUUUCUCAAGCCUCUGUUCAUGGGGUUGGCUGAAUUAUACAUUAGAGGGGUGGGCAUACCAUUGUUCACCUUCCCACAUAGUAGUAUGCCCCCACUAGUGGCUAGGGGUCCCCAAUCCAUAUCCAACUAUUAUAAGAAUAAAUAGCUCUACCUACUCCCCCACCUAACCUAUUAAUUAACCUAAAAAUAAAUCUAAAAUCUACAAAAAAAAUAAAAAUUAUAUUUUCUUGCAUCAGAAGUUUUCUUUCUUCUGUUUUUCAGCUUCAAAAAGGCCAAAUAAGAAUCUGUAUUUCCAGACAGAACUAAUGAAAAAAAAUGGGAAUGGAAAAAAAAAGUAAAUUCAGAAGUCUGAAUGGCCCUAUUUGCAGCACUGUUUGUUACCGUGCCAUUCAGACUUCUUCAUGAAGUUGUUGGGUUUUUGUUUUUGUUUAGGUCAUUUCCCUCUGCGGUCUUUGUUUAUGCAGUUCUAGCCAUAUGUACCCUGGCUGUGUCUCACACAUCCUCAUUAAACAAUUCCUAAAAGAGAGAGCUCUCCUUUAUUGAACAGUGUGUUUAACUUAGAAUUUCUUUUCUCUUGCUCUAUGAAUUGCCUGCUAGAGCCUGCAGCAGUUUUCUCUGUAUGAUCAAAGUUCAAUUAAUGGAGCAGUAGCUAAGAACAUCUUAAUGUAAACAUGCUGUGCUGUAAGAUUUAUUUGAAAAUGAAACCAUUUUUGUGAAUGCUGUAUGAGUUACAUGCAGAGGGGGUUGUGGCUACGUCUGAGUGGCAAAGAAUUAAGCAGUUAGUGUGCAGGGGCAUGAUCUAUACACCAAAACUGUUUCAUUAAGCUAACAAUUAAAAAAGUUAGAUGCAAAAAUAUCCCUUUAGCCUUUAACCCUUUAAGGACACCGCUUCAGACGCUUGUCUUACCCUUAAGGACACAAGCCAUUUUUGCAUCUUUUGCUGUUUGUGUCCAAAUGCAAUUUGCAUCUCUCUCAUUUAUUGCACCAACACAUAUUAUAUACUGGGGUUUUUUUUUAGAGGGCAAACAGGGCUUAAAUUUGAUGUCACAUAUCCAUAGAUACAUUCUCAUUAAUAAUAAAAAAAAAUGCAAAAAAACUGAAGAAAAAAAUAAAUAUUUUUUUUUUUUAAGUUUUGGCAAUAAUAGCGUGUGCAUAAUAUGUCCAGCUUAGAAAAAGUAAUUCAAAAUAAAUUAAUUUAUGUGUCUUGAUUUAUAGAGUACAUCAUAUGUAUAGGAUUUCAGCUUAUUUUGAAAGUUACAGGUCACAAAAUACAAGGACUAAAAUAAAAUUUAAAUUUGCAACAAUUUUAGGAGUUGGUAUGUUUGUCUUGUAGGUUUAGUAGCCAUCACAGAAAAAAAAUUGCCACACAAAAGUAUAUAUUUAUAUAAAGUAGACAUCACAGGCUAUUUACCGAACAUUAGUUUGACACUUUUAUGUAGCCAUUUCAUCACCAAUCUCUGCUAAAUAUUGGAGUAAAAAUGUGUUUUUGGCAUAUACACACAUAACUAGGUUUCUGUAAUGUGUAUUUCGUAAAGCUGGUGUGUGCUAUUCCUGCACAGAACCCCAUGUUGUGUUCGGCUACAUCUGCGGAGUAUAAUGAUACCCCCAUUGUAUGCCUUUGACACUUUUUUGUAAAGCUACAAUGCCAUGUAAGAGACUAGGCUAUUUCAGUUUCUAUAGUUAGAAUUUUCGUAGAUGGAUUUGACGGGUCUAUGUCUCAUUUUAGGGUAUUAUAGCAGGGUAUCUUAUAUGGUGUAUAUUGUGCAUAUUGUGCCUUAACUUGUCACCAUUUUUUCACCAAUUUAUGUCAAUGUUUGUGGUGAGGGGGAAAAAAAGUAUUUCUUACAGACCACUGUCAUAAAAACAAAAACAAAUUAUGCUUGGUUACAUCUUCUGAGUAAAAUAAUAUGCCCAAUGUAUGACCUAAACACUAUUUUGUGAAGUUACAGUGCUGUAAAAGAGACAUGACAAGUUCAGGUUUUUAAGUGUGAAUUUUCCCACUUUGGAGCACUUGAGCAGGCUACAUAUUCCAGCUACACCAUAAAGGCAUACCAUUUCUUAAAGAAGGCAUCCCAGGGUAUUUCAAAAGGCAUAAUUUGAACCUUAGCGUGGGAUCAUUUUUCCGCUAGCCUGUACCAAGUGUAGUGGUAAUAAGCAUUUUUUUUUGCCUUUUUGACACUCAAAGUGAGUUUGCACAGUAUAUUUUGCAAACCCUAUGCAUGCUACGACUGUAUAAUACUUCAUAUGUUUCUCAGCUAUGUCAUCUGAGUGCAGAAAUACCCUCAUAUGUACCUUUGCCUGCUAUAUGUGGACAUGGAAGGGGUACAUUUGAGACGCAGCCAUUCAGUUUUUUUCUAACUUUGUGAAGUUUUACGCUUUUUUCCAUGUUCCAUUUUGGAGUAGUUUAGCUGGUUGGUUAUUCAAAUUUCCCCACGAACACUUACUAUUUAUUAAAAAAAAUACACCCUUGGGUAAUUCAAAAGGCAAAUUUUGAACCUUAGCAUGGGAUCAUUUUUUUUCUAAUUUGUUCCAUGUGUAGUGGUAAUGAGCAUUUUUUAAUGUUUUUUUUUCUUUUAAACUUUUUGUACUUUUUAAAACUCUCUUUUAAACUUUUUUGCUUAUUAAAUUUUUUAAACUUUCCUCAACUUUCUUAACUUUUUUACACAUUUAACAUUUUUAUAAACUUUUUUUUUUACCGUUGACCCCUAACUAGCAGUAAGCAGCACUAACAGUAAAUUUCCCAAUUUCCCAUAACUCCCACCCACCCCAGCUAGAAAAGUAUAUAAUUUUAAAUUAUUUAAAUUAAUUAAUGAAAUAAAUUGAAGCCCUGAGGGUUAAAAAAACAUUAAAAGUUAACCCUAAGGGGUUAAAAAAAAAAAAAAAAAUCAGAUCACAGUAUAAUAUUGUGAUUUGUAUUUUGAUCACUGGAGGCAGUGAUCAACUGGCAGGGAAGGGGUUAAUUUUUAUUAGGACUGGGUAGAGGGGGGUGGGAUUUCUAAACUUUUUUUUAAACGUUAUUAGGACUGGGUAGAGAGGGGUGGGGUUUUUUAACUUUUUUUUAAAAAAAAGUUAUUAAAUUUUUUUUAACUUUUUGAAACUCUUUAAACCCUUUUUUUUAAUGUAUUUUUUUUUUUUUAAGGUUACCAAAGCCUAACCCCAAAUUCCCCACUAACUUUCACCCACCCAAGCUAGCUAAAUAUAUAAUUUUAAUAUAGUUAAACUGAUUAAUAAAAUUAACCACUGAGGGUUACAAAAAAUAAAAGUUGAAAAAAUAAAAAUCAGAUCACAGUAAAAUGUAGUCCCUGCCACUGUAGUAAUCAAUUGGCAGGAAAGAGGUUAAUUUUUAUUUAAAAUAGUUAAAGGGGGUGGAAUUUUAAACUAACUUAUUUAUUUUUUUUACCCAGGGAGAUGAUCACUGCUGAUCUGUCUCCCUGCACUUCACUCUGGACGCCGAAGAGCUGGGAGGCGGAUCAUAAGUCCCUGCAGCAUGAUUGCAGCGAUCUGGGGUUAACUUUAGCGCAUGAUGGACCCGGUCCGUCAUCCGGCGUUAACUGCUUGCCUGGCAUGACGGACCGGGUCGGUCAUUCGUCACUAAGGGGUUAAGGACAGAGGCAAUUGUACACAUUCUGAUCAAAACGAAACGUAAAAAAGCCUAGAAUUUGAGCUAAAUGUAUGUUCAACCAUAAUGCACCUCUUUCAUAUUAAGUGCACCCACACUUAUUAUAUAUAAUUUUGUUCAGCAGAAACAGGGAUUUCAUUUUAAAUCAACUAUUCAUAUAUGAAACAUAAUAUAUUAUGAAUAAAAUCUAAAAAAGUAUGAGAAAUUAAGUUUUUUUUUUUUUUUUUCUCAUUGGUUCUUUGUGGCAUUUUAAUUGUGAAUGUUCUGUUAGCUUUUACUUCAACAAAUGACACAUAUUUGUGUUCAGCAAUGUCUCCUUAAUAUAAUAGUACCCCCCAUGUACAGGCUUUAUGUGGUUUUUGAAAGUUAGUGUUAAAUAUCGAGCUCUCUCUUUUUCAGUUUUUACACAUGAGAAAUUUGCCAGUUUGGUUUGCUUGGCCCAUGUUGCCUUUGAGACCAUAUGACAGUCCAGAAAUGAAAAUUAACCCCAUCAUGGCAAACAAUUUGCAAAAGUAGACAACCCAAGGUAUUAAAAAUGGGGGAUGUCCAGUCUUUUUUAGUAGCCACUUAGUCAUGAACCCUGGCCAAAGCUAGUAUUAAUAUUUGUGUUUUGCAUUUUUCAUGCAAAAACAGCACUUUCACUGUAUAUAAUUGUCAUUAUGUUUGACUGCUCUAAAACCUAUUUGAGUUCAGCAGAGACUCACAAGAAAAACCAUACCCCCUGUAAAAGUUUUAUGGGGUUUUGGAAAGUUACAGGGUCAAAUAUAGGAAUGGCCCAUUUUAGUUUUUACACAUUGAAAUUUGCCAGUUUGGUUAUGUUGCUUUUGAGACUGUGUGGCAGCUUGGAAUAAGGAUUACCCCAUCAAGGCAUACUAUUUGCAAAAUAGACAACCCACGGUAUUUAAAAUUGGAUGUUUCCAGUCUUUUUUUUUUUUUUUCACUUAGUCUCAAAACCUGGCCUAAGUUAGUGUUCUUAUUUUAUUUUUAUUUUGUUCGGUACGAUGUAGCUGCUAGCUGCCAGUAUGUUACUGGGAACCAUGAAAACUGCAUAGAACUCAGAACUACCCAUGUUGCUGGUCUAAUAUUUUCCAUAUCAGUUGAGAUUAUGGUAAAGAUACAGAUAUCUACUCCUCAUUACCUGUUAGACCACCAAGGAUGGACUUUCUUCCUCUAUGUCUAGUGUGCAUGCAUAAUUAACUUUAAAUAUUUUAUUUCUAUUCUUAAAAGGGGGAAAAUUUUCAUCAUACUCUAACUUGUUCUUUAGCUAUUUAAAUGCAUUUUCUUAUUUUAGUAUGUCCCUGAAGAAUGUGACAGCAUGGGUUGUACUGCCUAUAUAGUACCUACAGAGCAAGAGGAAACUAUCUGUCUUUCAGCUCAAGGCACAUCAAAGCACUUCUCUGUAACUGGAGAGAAAUCAAAAGAAAUAUGCUUAGAUUUACAAAAUGACAAUGCAAGAAAAAGUAAGUUUAUAGUUUUAUUACAAUAGUCUGUUUUAAUGUAGAAUGGAAAAUAGAAAAUGGAAAAUACAUACAGUGCUACCAGACACAAUCUGAAUUGUAGAACAUUAUUAAAUAUUAUUAUUAAUAAAGUGCAAUAAAUUCUGCAACGCUUUACAAUAGGUGGACUAACAUACAAGUAUGAGUUGGACGCACAGGAACAAAGGGUGUUGAGUGCCCUGCUCAAACGAGCUUACAUUCUAGAGGGAGUGGGCUAAAGUGGCAUGGAAGGUAAGGGUAGGAUAUUUCAUGUCAAGAAAAAGUAGGUUGCUAGAAUAAUGGAAAAAGUAGGAUGCUGGAAUAAUUUACAGUGAAGGGUUAGUUUUUCGGAUCAUACAGUGGCAGGAGAGCACGUAGGAUGGGUUACCAAGGUGCGGGUAAACAAAGCUGUUAACAGUUCAAUUGAUAUGCUUUCCUAAGGAAGUGAGUUAUUAAUGACAUUUUGAAGAAACUGAGACUGGCCAGGAAUCUAAUAGAACAGGGAAGGUAACACAGCUGCCCUAGGGAAGCCUUGAAGGCCGGCUUUAGAGGUGUGAGUACAAACAGAGAAUAUACAUUGAUCUUUGGUGAAGUUUAGGGGCCUGGAUGCGAUAUUGUUUAUUAGUGAGAAUAGGUAUGUAGUGUUAUGUAAAGUUUUGUGAGCAAGCACCAGAAUUUUUAUUUGAGCCCUAAAUCUUAUGGAAAGCCAGUGUAAGGAAUGAUUGAGGAGGGAAGCAUGGGAGGUGCAUGUGGACAGAAGGAUGAGCCUCACCGCCACAUUAUUUUAGACUGUAACUAGGCCAGGUGGAAUGCGUAAGACCGUUGAAAAGCGGUCUGCAGUAGUCAAGGCGAGCUAUGAUAGCGGCAUGGACUAGCACCUUAGCAGCAUUUAGCUUUAGAUGGGGGAGGAUACAAGCUAGAUUUUUGAGAUGAAAGCAGCAGGAUUUGGCAAGUGAUAGGACACAAGGGGAUAAGAAGAGGUUGGCGUCAAAGAGAACACCCAGGCAGCGAACCUGUGAGGUUGAGCUGAUGGUAUUGCCAUUGAAUUUCAAGUGGAAAGACGAGAAGUUCUGUUUUGAAAAGGUUAAGUUUAACAAAAUGAGCAGCCAUCCAGUUAGAAAUAGCAGAGAGGCAGUCAGAAACCCGAGUCGAGGAAUGACUAGAGAUCAGGAGAGAACAGAUUUGCAUGUCAUCCACAUAGAUGUUAUAGGUGAAACCAUAUGAGCUGAUGUGUCUACCAAGGCAGGAUAUAUAGAUUGAGAACAGUAAGGGGACCGAAGACAGAACCUUGGGUAAUUCAGACAUAGAGGGGUUGCUGAGAAGAGAAAUAGCCAUCUUUCGCGAUUACAGAGGAUGAGAAGACGUUGUUUAUGAUCAACAGUGUCGUAAACAGCAUAAAGAUCAAGGAGAAUUAGGAUUGAGUAGUGACCACUGGAUUUAGCAGUAAUUAAAUCAUUGGAUUCUUUGGUUAGGUCCGUUUUGAGUGCAGAAUCCAGACCAGGGCCGUCUUUAACGCGGGGCAAACGGGGCAGCUGCCCCGUGGCCCCACCGCCCAUCGCCUGCAUAAGAAAAAUUCCCUCCCCAUCCAUAGGGCCGCGGUGCUUAUAUUGAGGCCCAUCGUGAGCACGUUUCAGCAGGGGGCCCAGUCGGGUGCUGUGGCCCUUUAACAGCACGACCGGGCCCUCUGAUUUACCCCAGGGAAGGUAGGAAACUGGAGGGGGCUUUACAGUUUGCAUAUUAUGUCAGUAUGUGUGUGUUUAUGUCAGUAGGUCUGUGUGUGUGUCAGUCACUAUGUCUGUGUGUGAGUAUGACUGUGUGUGUGUCUGUCACUGUGUGUGUGUGUGUGUCUGUUAGUAUGUCUGUGUGUGUGUGCCUGUCAGUAGGUCUGUGUGUGUGUGUCUGUCAGUGUGUUUGGGUGUCAGUAUGUCUGUGUGUGUGUGCGCCUGUCAGUAGGUCUGUGUGUGUGUCUGUCAGUAGGUCUGUGUGUGUCAGUGUGUCAGUGUGUUUGGGUGUCAGUAUGCCUGUGUGUGUCAGUAUGUCUCUGUGUGUGUGUGUGUGCCUGUCAGUAGGUCUGUGUGUGUGUGUGUGUGUGUCUGUCAGUAGGUCCAUGUGUGUCAGUGUGUCAGUGUGUGUGUUUGUGUGUGUCAGUAUGUCUGUGUGUGUGUGCCACUAUGUCUGUCUGGGUGUGUGGUAGUAUGUGUCUGUGUGUGCCAGUAUGUCUGUCAGUGUAUGUGUCGGUGUCCAUAUGUCAGUAUGUAUGUGUCAGUAUGUCUGUCAGUUUAUGUGUCUGUGUAAGUAUGUCUGUCAGUUUGUAUACAUAUAAUCUGUGUGUGUAUAUAUGUGCAUACAUCUCAGCAUUCACACACUAACACUACAUACAAAUACACCUCUGCAUUCAAACUCCAACACUAGGUACAAACAAAUGUCUGUGUUACACACCAAAAUUAUAUGUAAACACACCCUUGCAUUCAAAAACCAACACUACACAUAAAUACAUGCUUGCAAGUACACCAACACCACAUACAAACUUAUUUUACAAAAAAACCUGUUUACAUUCAAACACACUAAAACAGCGUUGUGCUAAAUACAAACCUUCAAACAUGGGUAAAUGGUAGAGCCACAGCUGUCAAUGCAAUGCUGAAGUUGCACGACAGAUGGGGAACUACCUUCUACCUUCUAAUCACCCGUGCUCAAAAAAAAUUUGUGCACCGCUCUACUUUAGGUCUGCCUCUGCGUUGGGGUGGAGGACAUGAUUGCACACCUGGCGAGGGUACCAGGGGGCCCAAGCAAAUGCUUUGCCCAGGGUCCAAUCAAUAUUAAAGACGGCCCUGAUCCAGACUGAAGCCGGUUGAGCAAAGAUUUGGAUUCAAGGAAUCAACCAAUCAUGUGUACAGAAUUCUCUUGAGGAUCUUGGAGGCAAAUCUCUUCAGAUCACAUCUUUCUACAGACACCCAUUGAAAAAUAAAUUUAGGCAACCGAAAAUUAUGCAUUUUGAAGUUCUUUCUUUUGCUGCAAAUUUUUAAAAUAGAAAGCUUUUGCAAUGAGUUCUUUUCACACCAAGAAAUAGCUGAAUCAUUCAGCCACUUGUGAUAGUCCCAUAAUGUUUCUAUUUGCUCUGCAUAUGCUGUAAACUCCUGUCUAGUAGGCAUUUAUGUGAUAUCUAGUUCAGCACUCAACAGCACUUAAAAUUCUCUGCAAGCGAAACAAAGCCUUUGUACUUACCUUACAGAUCGUAACAUUAUUUCAGUUAUGAGAGAGCCUGAUAGAAGAUCUGCACUCAUGUAUGACAGCAGUUCAUACUUUUUAUUGUCUUAAAUAUAUGUAAUAUAGAUUGUUCUUUAACUGAUUUAUGCAAAACAUGUUCUAUUAAGUGUUUUGUGUUUUUUCUUUUUGUUUCCUUAUUGUUAAAUAAAUGGAUUGUCUGUAGUGUUCUAUUUUCUUUUUCUCUGUACAGUUUCUCCACCAUUUAACGUGACCAUAAAAUCAUACAAUUUUUUUACUACUGUGAGCUGGGAGUAUGAAAUCACUUCUGCGGUUCCUUAUUUCCAGGUGGAAACCAAGGAUUCUGGGUAAGCCUAAAUCAAUUGUCUUUAUACAUAGAAAAAUGCACUUGUAUCACACAUGCAUCCCCUAAUUCCCAUUCACACAAUGGAAGAUGUGCAUAUUCACCUUAACCCGUUAGUGACGUUAGAACAUUCCAUAUUGUCUUACUCAGAGUUGGCUUAAAGGAACACUAUAGGGGUCAGGAACACAAACGUACUCCUGAUUCUAUAGUCGUUAAACCACCAUUUAGGUGGCUGCCCCCACUUUCCCCCCUUAAAGGGUAAGAAGGCUUACUUUAUCUCCAGUGCCAUGAGGGCCUGCCGGCAGUGGCCCCGCCACCAUUCCACCUCCUUGGCUGACAUCAGAAUUUAAUAUGCUUUCAUAUAGGAAAAGCAUUGGAUUGGCUGAUAUCAUCAAGGAGGUGGGGCCAAACGCCGGAUUGGCUGAUCAGCAUCUCUUCAUAGAGAUGCAUUAAAUCGAUGCAUCGCUUUGGGGAAAGUUCAGCAUGGAGACACUGUAUAUCAGUGCUGCACAUUGUGCAGCACUGCCCCAGGACGCACCUCCAGUGGCCAUCUGAGGAGUGGCCACUGAAGUGGUCCCUUGGGAGCAAUGUAAACUGAGUUUACAGAAAAAAGGCUGCAGAGACAUGGUAUACUAACCAGAAAAAAUGCAUUAUGUUGUAGUUGUUCUGGUGACUAAAGUGUCCUUUAAAUGUAUGUAGGAUGGCAUGGAAGACUCUGCGGAUUUGGCCUGAGCAGUGCUAAAUCCCAUGAAGCCCCAGGUAUCAAUCUAGAUAUCUCGGGAUGCCUGUGCUGGGGUCAUUGCAGUCAGACCUGCAUGCAGCUCUUUAAAUUGGCUUUUAAAUGUUUAUGUAAAUAUUGCGGUAUGAACAGAGUUAAAUCCUACUCAGACCAUUAAACCCAGGUAUCAAUGGAUACCUGGGGUUCUUCGUCAUCUGGGGCCAUUUUUAGUGGCCACAGGCUGAUUGAUGCGCUCUAUGCAGCGCUUGAAAUGAGAGCUGUAUAGAGCCCUUUAACUCCGUUCAGAAAACUGCGGCUGUGCGAUCGCAUUCAGCUGCUGUGUUUCUGGGCUGCAGACUUGUGAAUGGAGACCCCUUCCAGGGUCUUGAUUGUGUCCUCUACUGGGCUUGGAAAGCAGGCUCUAUUCAUGAUUAUAGCGAGUGUAAUUAUGAAAGCGGCCAGUAGAUGGUGGUUACAGACCACUAUCUGCUGUGUUAAAUAGGAAAAUUAUACUCUAAUAUCUGAAUUGAUAUUAGCAGAGUUUCCUUUAGUUAGGUUUAGAGUUAGUAGCAGGGUUUGGGUUAGAUUUAUGGUUGGUUAAGAUUUUGUUGGUUAGAUAUGGCUGUAGGGUUCAUGUUAGGCUAAGGUAAGGGAUGUAGAUAUACAGUUAGAGUUAGUGUAAGCAUUGGUUAAGGGGUAUUAUAGCAUUUAUGUAUAGUAUAGCGUUUGUGUUGGUAUAUGUUUAGUGUUAACUUUCAAAAAUUUAUUUGGAUCCUAGACCUAUUAGGCAUUUAAAAAUCAGGACUGAUAUAUGAAUCUUUUUUGAGUUAUUUUUAAUUUGUUGCACUAUGAGUAAAAAAUUAUUGGAAAUUUUUUUUUAAUUUUUGUGACAUUUAAUUUGCAGGUAAUGUUGUGUUAGGUAUACAUAUAGGAUAUUAAAUGAAAGCUUUUUCUGUCCUUUAAAAAAAAAAAAAUAUAUCUAUGGGGCACUUCUUAAAAAGAAAUACCCUUAAUUUUUAAACAAUGAAUUUGCGGGGAUUGGGAUAAUUGGGAUCUUGUGGAAUGGCUACCAAAAAAAGUAGAAUCCAUGUUUGGCCACCCUUGCUGUAGUUGACUGCCACUAGAGAUGUGUUUAAGCCAGUAAUGGAAGCUUUGGAGCUUCUAGAAAACUGCAAUCCUUUUCUAGGUUUAAAUUAAAGGGCCAAUGCACUCACACCACUUCAUUGAGAUGAAGUAGUCUAGGCGCCUUUAGUAGUCCUUUAAUAUUCACCCACUUGCUUAUAGACUCAUGCAUGCUCUUGUGCAUCUAGUAACUCUCAUAUCUACAAAUAUGAAUUCUCUAUUUCAUUUCUCCAGAGUUAACUCGUCUGACUGCAGCAUGGGAGGCUGCAAGGCUCUGUAGUUUGUAGCCAUCUUUCUGCUAAUAACACAUGAGCCAUAUGACCUUGCCCGACCCUACUCCACUCUGAUUAGCCUGCUCCCUAAAAUCGAUACUGCCUCAAUAUACCAGUCAAAGUAAAGCCCGAUAGAUUACCCCUCUGCAGUUGUUAGGAAAAAUGCAAAAUGGCCCGUACUCCACACACUGUGAUAAAUACUAUAUGUAUUCUCUGUACACAAGCUGGAGCAAAACCUGCAAUAUAUACUGUCAGUUCAGCACUCUGUUAAGAGAUCACACACUCUGCAGUGUGCAUCAUAGUGGCAUCACAAUUGUAAUUAUACAAUGCUACCAAGCGUCAAACUUCUAAUGUAUAAUAACUUGAAUUCAAAUUAUAAUUGUAAGAGACUGUUAUGUCAAAAUCACUGGUUCUAAUAGUAUGACAAAUUGAUUCUGAAAAAUGAAAAAUACAGUGCUAGAUAGAACUUUGUAAAUUGUAUUAAACCAAUUUGAUUCAGCCAUUAAACACCCAAUGUUGCAUGGACUGUUACUAUAUAUAAUUAUUAAUGCAAAGAAUGGCUCCAAUGUAUGUAUGUAGAAUGCAAAUGCAACCAAACUUAAUUAAAAGUAACAGUAAACAUUAUUAAUAAACCAUAUGGGUUCUAGCUGUAUGCAAAGUCUAUGGACCUACAUUAACAAAUGGUUGUGUGGUUGAGGCAGUGAAAAAAAGUCAUAAGAUGCACAAGUUUGAAAACAACUUAAUUAAGUAGGUCAUUAUAUACAGAUUUUUGCUAAUCACAGUGGCACUUACUUAAGAAAGUUGGGACAUGUUUUCUAUUUAUAUAUUUCAGGCAUGACAACUGGACUGUUGUCAAAAGGUGCAGAAGAAUUUCACAGCAAUAUUGUGAUCUGUCUAAAAUCUUCACUGGACCUAAUAAAUCCUACCAUGUGCGUGUCAAAGCAUUUCUUGGAACAGAAGCAUCUGAAUAUGCAGCAGCGUAUGAUUUUAACUUGAUAUACGAUGGUAAGUUAACACAUCAAGCUCUUAUUUACGCUCAUUUCUAUUGAAAUCUCUGCUUUUAUAUACAUUUGCAUUGAGCUUCCAACUUAGGAUGCUUUUCUUUAGUUAAGCCCAGGCUUUUCACACCUCCCACAUAAGUCUUUCUUUUUGACAGCAUUGCAAGAUGCAUCCAAGCGAUUUAGAAUUACUACAGGCAAACAUGUAUUUUCGAGUACCUUGUAACACCUUGCUCACAAAAAAAGUUCACUGGGACAUCCUAGAUUAUCUUGGAGGAGGAGUUUAUUGAGAAUGUUUGUUUGUUUGUUUGUUUUAUUAUUGUGUUUUGUAUGUUAAGGGCAAAAUGGAUAUAUGGUGGGUUCUUUUCUUUUAUAAAUAUGGAUUGUUAUGUGAAAGUCACUCUGCUGUCAAGAGGUAGAUAUUCACUCUAAAUGUAACCUUUCUUUCAAUUAAAGGAAUAGCUAAAGAACAUUUUAAUGGAUCUUUAAUGUGGAUGGAGUUUUUUGUACCCAUUUUUAAGGGCUACACCAGGCACCAUGACCAUUUCAGUGAUUUGAAGUGGUCAUGGUGGCUUGAGUCUGUAUCUGCAGCAUUUCGCUGUGAAAUGCUGCACAUUCUGAGUUUAACAUCUUUGCUGCCAGAAGUGGAAUGCCACCGUCAUGGGGUGUCAGAAGCAAGCCCAGAAAGAGUUCCUAGCUGGCUUAUGUCAAUUCUGUGUAAAUUUAAAUGCACACCCUAAAUUAAUUGGCUGAGAUCGGUCAUCUGACACUCAACCCUUUGAGUGUUAGCAUUGGCAACCAACCUUUUCAGGUCUGCAGAAGCUGGAUGUCAUAAACCUUGCUUCCCUGCAAAUGAUUUAAGUAAACUAGAAAAAUGGUCAGAGUUGUGGCAGCUGACAUUUGUGGAUAAAUGCAAGAUAAUGCAUCUUGGACAUAAAAACCCAAGGGCAGAGUACAGAAUAUUUGAUAGAGUCCUAACCUCAAUAUCUGCGGAAAGGGAUUUAGGGGUGAUUAUUUCAGGUGACUUAAAGGUAGGCAGACAAUGUAAUACAGCAGCAGGAAAUGCAAAUAAAAUGCUUGGUUGUAUAGAGUGUAUUAGCGGUAGAAAGAGGGAAGUGCUCAUGCAGAACACUGGUGAGACCUCACUUGGAGUACUGUACGCAGUACUAGAGACCAUAUCUCCAGAAGGAUAUUGUUACUUUGGAGAGAGUUCAGAGAAGGGCUACUAAACUAGUUCAUGGAUCACAGGAUAAAACAUACAAGGUAAGGUUAAAGGAUCAUAACAUGUAUAGCUUGGAGGGGAGGUGGGGGAUAUGAUAGAAACAUUUAAAUAAGUAAAGGUAUUCAACACAGUAAAGGAGGAGACUUUGAAGAAGGAAAAACUACCACAACAAGAGGACAUAGUCUUAAAGGAAAACCUAAAGUCACCUAAACAACUUUAGCUUAAUUAAGCAGUUUUAGUGUGUAGAUCAUGCUUCUCGGGUUUCUCUGCUCAAUUUGCUGCCAUUUCCAAAUCACUUUUUUUUCUGUUUAUGCAGCCCUUGUCACACCUCCCCUGACUCUGAUUGACACAGUCUGCAUGAUAAAAAAAAACUGGUUUCACUUUCAUUUAGAUGUAAUUUACCUUAAACAAUUGUAUCUCUUUCUGUGUAAGCUGAACUUUAAUCACAUACAGGAGGCUCUUGCAGGGCCUUGCAAACUCUUAACAUAGCAGGGGAUAAGAAAAUCUAAAUUAAACAUAACUUGCCAUAAAGAAAGGAUAAACUGUAGAUGACUCUUUACAGGAAGUGUUUAGGGAGGCUGUGCAAGUCACAUGCAGGGAGGUGUGACUUGGGUUCAUAAACAAAGUUAUUUAACUCCUCAGUAGCAGAGAAUUGAGCAGUGAGACUGCAGGGGCAUGAGCUAUACACCAAAACUGCUUCAUUAAGCUAAAGUUGUUUUGGUGACUAUUGUGUCCAAAGGUUUAAAAAUAAUAUCAGGAAGUAUUACUUUACUGAGAGGAUAGUGGAUGCAUGGAAUAGCCUUCCAGCUGAAGUGGUAGAGGUUAACACAGUGAAGGAGUUUAAGCAUGCGUGGAUUAUGCAUAAGGCUAUCCUAGCAAUAAGAUAAGGCCAGAGACUAUUAAAAGUAUUUGGAAAAUUGGGCAGACUAGAUGGGCCGAAUGGUUUUUAUCUGCCUUCACAUUCUGUGUUUCUAUGUUUCACAGGAGACCAAGGGCCUGCAGGACCUUUGUAAACAGGUUUGCCCCAUUACUGGUGUCCUGUAUUGGUUAUGAUAAUUGGAGUAACCCUUUAAUUUACAGGUAUAAUAUGUUAGUUGACAGUUGCUGCCACCUGAGGGUAUUUUUCUGCUUCAUGAGUCUAGACAUUUUCUCUCUUCCGUGUUUAACCUCUUAAGGACACAUGACAUGUGUGACAUGUCAUGAUUCCCUUUUUUUCCAGAAGUUUGGUCCUUAAGGGGUUAAGGAGCUUUCUGGUGCCCAGAGUUAUGUAUACUUGGACUACGAUGUUCUCUCCAGUUUGGUAGCUAAAAUUAGGUUUCGAAAAGAGACCACCCUAUGUUUUUUAAUUAUAACAAAAACCUAAUUAUCCUUUUUUUGUUGUUUCUAGGCAUUAUUGGCCCACCUACACUGAAUGCUACGCUGGUAGAUAAUAAAAUUGGUUUGGAGAUUUGGCAUCCUCUUGUACCAACAACAGAGCAAGGACCAAUGACCAUAGGAGACAUUUAUGACGAUUUUGAAUAUAUAGUGAAUAUAACCGGGAAUAAUACAUCUGAGGUAAGUUACAAAUAGCGUGGUGAAGUGUGGAGCAAAUGUAUUAUAACUGAUUUCCCCUAUCCACUCUGUGCUGGGUUUCAGAUGGCUUUCCCUUGAUAUUUUUAUUUUGUUCCCUUGAGUUAUUUGUACUGUUUAAGACAGGUAUCUCAAACUCUGGACAUCCAUAAUUUAAUAGCUUUCGACUCCCACAUUUUUUUGAAUGCUGUAGAUGGUGAAGGAUUAUGCCAAUUUUAGUUUAGUUAGUAACAACUAAGGGGUUAAUUUUAAGAUACCUAUUUUAAAGGAACAGUAUGAAGGUUUUUGUUUCCGUUUUUUAUUUAACUUUUAUCCCUUUGUGUUGGACUAUUUAGAUUUCAGGAACCCCCAUUUUUCAUUAAAAAUUAAACUACUACUUACCAGCAUUCUUUGGCCUUCUUCUGUAUCCCAGUCCAUUUGCGCUGAGGGCUUCAUGACCAUUUUGUCCAAUGUGUAAAGACUUUGAAAGUCAAGAACAGAGUCAGACUCUCUUCUGGAAGUGGAAGCACUACCUACUGGCUGUCCAUAUGCUUUAGCCAUGCAAUGAAAUAAACGUAUCUCCAAAACUGCAUAUCUACUACCCCUAGACCACUUGAGAUAAAGUUCUCUUGGUGCUUGUAGUUGUCUUUUAAGCAAUGUAUAUUAUUGGUGGGUGAUAUAAAAUUAUCCUCCCCCCCCCCCAAUCUAUUGUUUUCAUUAUUUGUUUUUAUCGGGAGCACGUUUUGGUGUAGGUCAUACCUGUAUCAUCUUUACCUUGGUUGGUUCACUGUAUACUUUAUACAUUUGGAUAAAAAAGGUCAAGGUAGGAUCAGCGUUAAAGUGCCACAAAAUGUAGGAAUAUGUAUAUUGUACAGGCAGCACACCUACAGAAAAGGGGGUUCCCUCUAAUCCCCUAUAGAUAAGUAGAAAUAGAACAAAAAACAAGAGAAGGGUGCACCUUUAAUGUAGAUAUUGUGUACAAGUAAAAUAGUAAGGUCCAAAUAACAUAACACUAGUCCAAAGUAGUAAUGUCCACAGUGGUAGGGAAAAUUCUUGCAGAGCAGCAGUGAUUUGUCACGGGUGCAGACUUGUAAUUUCAGUGGAACAUAUGGAAAAGAAGCAGAAAAAUGAAAAUCCAAUGGUGCAGUAAGUAAAUAUACUUGGAUAUUAAAAAUUAUAAGUAGGUACUACUCACAAUUUCCAGAGCUAAAAUCCAGCUCUGGUAUGAAAUGCGUGAAGUGGAAUGAUCCCCACUCAACGAUAUAUGGAGUGUAACUCGAAAUACGGUAGUCCAGCGGCGGUAUGAUUCCAACCGAAAGUAAAAAGAAUAAAAUAUAUAGUGCUCGCUGUAUCUUACUGUAGUAGAGGAAUAAAAAGUAUGAAAUGUACUCACAGUAUGUUGAGCAGGCUCACUGCUCGAUGUAUAGCGUAUGGGUGGUACAAUCCACACCUAAGGAUUCUUUGAGCUUCUCUUUGGAUGGUAAAAAUCAAUGUAGUCAUGUUAAAAGUAAAAUAAUACAAAUAAAGGAAUAAAAUAGAUUAAAAUAGGAAAGGAAUGUGGCAACCAAAGUAUUUAGAGCCAAAAUUCCUUUAUUAUAACAGAAUAAAAACUAUUUCUAGACGCGUUUCACCUACAACAUACUUCUUCAUGUAGAAAAUAGUAAAAACAUGAACCUGACAUACAUAGCCUUAUAUAGGGUACAUUGAUUAUAUUAAAAUUUAGAUGUUCCUGCCAAAAUGACGUCAUUACAGCUUUAAUGAAAAGAAACAUAUUCAAAAUAAACAAUAAUAUUACAGACCAUAUUUGGUUACACUAAGGGGGAUAUUUGUACACAUAAAUAUUAAAAACGAGGUGCUGGUAUAUUAAAAAUUAUAAAUAGAAAAAGAAGAGUGAAUGGCGCUUACACAAUAAAAUAAAAUAGGCACAGAACAGUGGUGAAAUUGUAAAAGUGUUCCCCAACACCUCAAAAACAAAGUAUAAAAUGAGGGCACUGAAUAAUCAGAUGCCAAAUCCACACACCACUCUCUGUGUACCAGAUAACAAUAAAUAAAUAUAAUACUUAUACAUAUACAAGUAUAUAUUGGAGAUAUUCCAUGUGGUAGAAUCCUAUAACAACAAAAAACAGUACAUAGUAUAGACUGUAUAUAUAAAUAGAGAAAUAAAAAUAAUUUAAUCCACUCACGGAUUUCAGAGCCGUACCAGGCUCUGUAUAUAGUGCCCAAAGGUGCCUCAAUAGGCUAAACGGAGAAUCUCAGGCGAUGUCCCCCAGAAUCAGAAGAAGCAGCGAUGAUGAUAAAAGAUGAACAAUUUUAUUGUAAAUAAAAAUAUAAAAACAACUGUGUAGAUCUCAUAUAGUAAUACACAGUUACAAUAAUGCAGACGCGUUUCAACUCAGUCCGAGUUUUCUUCAGUGCAUAGGAAUUAAUCUAGCUGCUUUUUCUUUUAAAUCCGCCGCUUCUGUGGUUGCCGAUCACGUGGGCGGAAGUUCGGCUUGCCGGCGUCUGAUGUCACUUCCGGUUUUCCGGCGCUCAUUGCAUCGGCUUGAUUCACUUCAAGUUGUUUGCCCAAUUGAAGCAAAAGCUUCCAUUUUGUAAGUGGGCAUCUAUUAGGACUUGUAAAAUGCAUGUAUAUACAAAUUAAACAAUAAUAUCACACAAUUGUGUGUAUAAAUAAUGCGAAUAAUACCUGUGGAGAUCUCUUACAAAGGGAGAAUAAGAAAGUAUUGUACAAUGUAAUACAAAUUUUUAUCACAUAAAUGACAUAUAGAUCCAGCCCAUAUGAAUAGGAUUGGUUGGUCCAAGAUCAGUAAAAGUAAAAAUAGUAAUAAUAGAAAUAAAAAUAAAGUAAAAUAAAAGUAAAUAAAAAUAAUAAAAGUAAAGAAUUAAUAUAAAAUAAAAAAAUUUAAAAUAAAAAUAAAUAAAUAAAAAUGAAAAUAAAAGUAAAAGUAAAAAAUAAAAUAAAAUUUAAAAUAAACAAAGAUAAAAAUAAAUAUAUAAAUAUAAAUAAAAAUAAACAUUAAAUAAAAAUAUAUAAUAUAAAUAUAAACAUGUGUAAUGGCUAUAAAAAAUGAGCCAACUCAAAAUCUAAAUUUAGACCUUUGGGGGAUAGCGUAUUCAACUCAAAAAUCCACCUGCUUUCAAAUUUGCAAAGUUCUUUAAAGUUAUCUUCACCCCUCCAAUCCUUUUUCUUUUGGGCAAUAGCAAUAAAACUGACGUAGGAAGGAUCACUGUUAUGAUAUGAUAUUGUGAAAAAUGUGCAGAGACACUGUGUUUAGCAUAUCCUCUCUGUAUAUUGCCCAAAUGCUCCAUCAUGCGAGUUUUUAAAGUCCUUGUGGUCAUUCCCACGUAUUGUAAUCCACAAGGGCACCAAAGGAGAUAUAUUACAUUGCUGGCGUGACAUAUGAGGAUAGAAUUGAUUUUAUAUUCUUUUUGUGAUGUGUUGGAAAUAAAUUUGGUGUAGGUAUCUUUUUUAAAUUUUGUCCUUUUACAGACUGUGCACAUUUUACACGGAUAGAAACCAGAUUUCUGGUUGAAAACUUUGGUGUUAUAUGAUUUUUGACUAAUAGGGUUUGAAGAUAUUUUGUACCUCUAUAUACAAUUUUUGGCUUUUUACAGAUGAUAUCAUUAAGACCUUCAUCAGUUCUCAAAAUAUGCCAAUAUUUGUUAAUAAUUGAUUUAAUGUGGCUAGCAUCGCCACUAUAGUCCAAAAUCAAAAGGGGUUCCUUUGUCCGUUUAGUUACUUGUUUAUCUUUAUAUUUUAGUAAAGAUUCUCUAUUUAGUGACUUAGUCUCCUGAAUCUGAUGAUCUAAAAUAGUCGGGUCAUAUUUCUUUUCCACAAAAGCUUUUAAGGCGCCAUGCCUGUUUUUCGUAUUCUUUGAUGUCACUACAAUAUUUUAAAAUGCGGUUAAAUUGGCUUUUGGGUACAUUACGCAACCACGGGUCGUAUUGACAACUCGUGGUGUCGAUGUACCCAUUGACAUCCACCGGUUUGAAAAAAGUUCUUGUGAGAAUAUGAUUAUUGGAAACAUAAAUCUCCAGGUCCAAAAACUGGACCGACGUUUGGCUAAUUUGACUAGUUAAGACGAUAUUUCUCCGAUUGCCAUUGAGACCCUCUUAAAAAAGAUCCAAAUAAAUUCUAGUACCCUUCCAAAUGAAAAAAGGAGCGGGUCUGGUCCUCUAUCGCAGGUAUAUCGACGAUACUUUUUUCAUUUGGAAGACCCGUGAUUCAUAUUGACUUACAAUACAAUAAAGGGCUAGACUCCAAACCAACAAAGAUUGUUUUGCUAAUGAAUAAGAAUCACUUAUUGUCAUAUUGAAAAAUGAAAUAAAGAGACAUUUCAUGAACCAAAUAUAUACACUUAAAAUCAUAUCUUGUAAAAAAAACUUUCCAUUAGGCAAAUAUUAUCCAAAUAAAUACACCAGAGUAUUCAUAAAUAUUACAAACAUAUUAAGAAAAAAAAUGAUAAAAUACUAAAUAAAAUAAUAAAAAUAAACAAAUAUAAAAAUAUAAAUAAAUAUAAAAUUAAAGUAAAAAACAGAACAAAGGAAGGCAUUUCUUUGGUAUAAGGCUAUGGGAAAGUAAACAACUUGUAUGACUUAUGCAUAAAAUAUUAGGAAGGUAAAAAACAUAUAUAAAUAAAUUUAAAAAAAGAAUAAAAUGAGAUAGGGAAGACUAGUAAAAAAUAGGCAAAUAAAAUAUAUUUAGACCCUGUGGGGAAAGAGUCUUUAGAUUAAAUGCCCAUUCCAUUUCUUUACUACCUAAAAUCUUUUUCAUAUUAUCGCCUCUCCAAGGUACACUACAGGUAUCUAUACCUAUGCACUUGCCAAAUUUGUGGUUUUUUUCCAUGUAGUGCUUUGAUACUGAAUGGUAAUCAUAACCUUUUAAAAUGUUCCGGCAGUGUUCUGCCAAUCAGUUUUUUCGGUUCCUAGUGGUCAUGCCCACGUAUUGAAGCUCACCUGGGCAUUCUAUUAAGUAAAUUACAUUCUUUGUAUUGCAGUGAAUAAAAAUGUUUAUAGGAUAUAUUCUCUGUGUGAUAGAUGAUUUAAAAGAAGUGUUUUUUAAUUCAAUAGUAUCAUCCAUACGUUUGCACACUACACAUUUAUUAAAUUUAAAAAAACCUUUUGGCUUAAUUAGGAAAGAGGGGAGGGGCAAGAGGAAGAGGUAGUAUAGCUUUGUUUAGUAUAGUUUUUUGUGAUGAUGGAGUUAAAGCUGGGUGCCCCUCUAAAUAUAACGUGUGGUUUGUUGGGAAUAAUGCCAGCUAGAGUCUCAUCCUGUUUUAAUAUAUGCCAAUGUUUAUUGAUAAUCUUCUUCAUAACAUUACUUUUGUUAUUGAAGUCGACGAUGAUUGGCAAUGAUGGGGCAUUUUUGGAGGUUUUGUUAUCUCUAUACUCUAAGUCUAAGAGAUCCGAUCGGUCUUUUUCACUGAUAUUUUUUAUUGUUUGGUUCAUAUUGUUCAUAGGGUAGUAUUUUUUGGAGAAUUUAUUUAAUAACAUCUGGGAUUGAGCCUCAAAGUCCUGAGUGAGAGAGCAAUUCCUUAGAAGGAAUUGCUCUCUUACUCAGGACUUUGAGGCUCAAUCCCAGAUGUUAUUAAAUUCUAUAUUGUCAUUGAUUUUCAUUCUAUAUCAUUUUUAAUAUACCAGCACCUCGUUUUUAAUAUUUAUGUGUACAAAUAUCCCCCUUAGUGUAUCCAAAUAUGGUCUGUAAUAUUAUUGUUUAUUUUCAAUAUGUAUCUUUUCAUUAAAGCUGUAAUGACGCUUUAAAUCGAGCAGUGAGCUCAACACACUGAGAGUACCUUUCAUACUUUUUAUUCCUCUACUACAGUAAGAUACAGUGAGCACUAUAUAUUUUAUUCUUUUUACUUUCGGUUGGAAAGUGGGGAUCAUUCUACUUCACGCAUUUCAUACCAGAGCUGGAUUUUAGCUCUGAAAAUUGUGAGUAGUACCUACUCAUAAUUUUUAAUAUCCAAGUAUAUUUACUUACUGCACCAUUGGAUUUUCGUUUUCUGCACCCGUGACGAAUCACUGCUGCUCUGCAAGAAUUUUCCCUACCACUGUGGACUUUACUACUUUGGACUAGUGUUAAGUUAUUUGGACCAUACUAUUUUACUUGUACACAAUAUCUACAUUAAAGGCGCACCCUUCUCUUGUUUUUUGAUUUAUACAUUUGGAUACUUCACACUCUGUUGCCUCACAUUAUAGUGUGUGAUAUCUUGCAACAUUGUGUUGGCUGACCUUGUUAGGUGUAGGAUUUGUUUGAGUUCCAAGCUGGGUGUUUUUGGUUAAGAUCUCAUAAUAUGCGCAUGUGUUUUUAUUUUACGUAGGUCCUUACCUUACUUAUGAUUGAUUUCGCUUUUCAUAAGUGGGUAUUGUUUAGAAGUGUUUCAUCUUGAUAAAGGACCUGGUGCAUGACCAAAACGUUAAUGCAAUGAAGUAAUUUUGUAACAAAAUUUAUAUACAUAAAGGAACCCAAUUGAAAAAGGAAAACCAUUUUUUUUUACCAACAAUUUAGUAGAUAUCCCCCAAUGAAAACAUGUAUCCAUUUAAUUAUGUAUAUUUUUAUUUGUGGGUAUAUCUAAAAACCUUCUUCCCUGGCCCAAUGCAGCAAAAGUCUUUCCAAGAAAGGUGCAAUUGCCUGCCUCUAUUGCCUCAAUUGCCUUUAUCUCCAAUGAACUAGUGCAUCUCUCUCAACAUUUUUGAUUCUAUAUAGAGAGAGAGAGAGAGAGAGAGAGACAUGCAAAAAAAUUAUAAUCAAAACCGGAGGAUAAUACGACAUACAACUACAAUUAAUCUUCUUAAGGUGUUAAUGUUUUUAUUACUAAUCUCACUCCGAUUGGACAAUUGCAUGGAGAAUGUAGUUGCCUACCUGUUCUAAUGAAAUGCAUCUUUACUAUUAUAGCAGCAGGGAGAAAUGUGACUCCUAUAUUUCCUGUGCUCUGUACCCCUUGUCCUGUUUAGCAGUACACCAAUGCAAUAUCCAAGCAAUGUAGAAAGUAGCAAAGAUACAGAUUUCCACUCAUUCAAUGCUAGACCACCAAGGAUUAAUUAGUGUUUUUUUGACCAGAAUUAGGAAUCAAAAUAUUAAUGCAUCUGCCCUAAUACACAUCUCUAACCUUUAUCCAUAAAGUGCAUUAAUCCUUCUCUUAUUUCAGUUUGUGGCGAGUGAUUGCGAUAAUCUGGGUUGUAUUGCUGAAAUUGUGCCUCCUGCAAAAUCAGAAGAUGUCUGUCUCGUGGCUCGAGGCCAUUCAAAUUACUGGGCUGUAUUUUCUGAGAAAUCGAAGGAGAUCUGUAUACAUAUACAUGACAUGGAUAAAAGAGAAAGUAAGUUGUUUCGAGUUUUUUGGGGAGGGAAUGUCCUUCAUGAGGAAUAAAAAAGUGGUAAGGUGAAUAAAAAAACAAUAGCACUUGUUGAAAAUGUAACUGUAUUUUUUUAAUACAGAUUUAAGAAGAAAAAAAACCACUGUUCUUUGACCACACUUGUUUUUGAUAAAGUUCCAGCAGGGAUGUAAUGCUUAAAGAGACACUACAGGUAUCAAAACAACUUUAACUUAUGGUGCAGUUUCUCUGCUCAGUUCUCUGGCAUUUAGGAUUUAAUUUACCUUUGUUUCUGUCCAUGCAGCCCUCGCCACAUAUGUCCUGGCCAUGACUGACACAGCCUUCAUGAUUUUUUAUUUCUUUUUUCAAUCAGAUAUUACUUAAGAAGUUUGUAUCUCCUACUCUGUAAAUUGAACUUUAAUCACAAACAGGAGACUCCUGUGGGGUCCAGAGAGCUAUUAACAGAGCAGGAGGUAAGAAAUUAUAAAUUAAAGGGACACUAUAGUCACCAGAACAACUACAGCUUAUUGAAUUUGUUCUGGUGAGUAGAAUCAUUACCUUCAGGCUUUUUGCUGUAAACAAUAUCUUUUCAGAGAAAACGCAGUGUUUACAUUACAGCCUAGUGAUAACUUCACUGGCCACUCCUCAGAUGGCCGUUCGAGAUCCUUCCUGGGUCAUGGCUGCCUAAAAUGUAUCCAAACCUUCAGUGUCUCCUCCCUCUGCAUGCAGACACUGACCUUUCCUCAUAGAGAUUCAUUGAUUCAAUUCAUCUCUAUGAGGAGAUGCUAAUUGGCCAGGACUGUGUUUGAAUUGUGCUGGCUCUGCCCCUGAUCUGCCUCCUUGUCAGUCUCAGCCAAUCCUAUAGAGAAGUAAUGUGAUUGGAUCAGGCCACCACUUCUGAUGAUGUCAGCAGACAGCUUGUUUUUCUGAGGUAAACAGCAUGCAGAUCUACAGCUUCAGGCUUGAAUACAGUAAGAUAUUGCUAUAUUUAUGGAGGCAUGGGGGGCCAAGGGGUGCUAGAUGGUGGUUUUAACACUAUAGGGUCAGUAAUACAUGUUUGCGUUCCUGACCUUAUAGUGUUCCUUUAAAUAUAAUGUGCAGAAAAGGAAAUUUAUACUUUAAAUGUCUUUUUACAGGAAGUGUUUAGGGAGGCUGUGUAAGUCACAUGCAGGGAAGUGUGACUAGGGUUGCAUAAACAAAGUGAUUUAACUUCUAAAUGGCAGUGAGACUGCAGGGUCAUGAUCUGUACACCCCAACUGUUUUAGUAUGCUAACGUUUUUUUGGUGCCUAUAGUGCCUCUUUAUGACUACAUGUUUUACACCAAUAAAUGUAUUUUAGGUGGCAUCAUUCUGGAUACGCUUCCUCCUCUGCCUGUACAUACUCUCACCAUAUUUGAGAAAGAGUCUGAGCUGAUGUAGGCAAUCAAUAUCUAUAAGUUGGGUUAAAAUUCAAAACUGGAUACAUGAGUUGGAUAAUUCCAGAGUGUAGAGUGGUUUUUUUUUGUUUUGUUUUUCGGGUACAUAUUGGAUAUUUGUGGCAGUUCCAGAGGCAAAUACCAACAUUUUGAUGGUUCUUUUUUAAUCUUUAUAAUACUCUUGCUCCAGUUCAUCUUGGUAAACGCGGAUAGCACUGUUGAGUGCAGAAGUGCUAAGUGCAAACCCAGCACCUCUGCACUUGUGGUUGGUAGCUGCUUCCAUCUUUCCAUUAUUUGCAUGACUUUAGUAAUUUACAUAAAAUGGCAGGUUACAAGAACAGCAAGCUGUUGAUGCAAAUAGAACAAAGUACUGGAUUCAUCUCUAAUAUGCUAGGUAAAAGUGUUGUCUGGAGAAUGGGAGAUUAUAGGAAUCAAUAAGGUUAUCUGGUUUAUUAAAGCGGCACUGUCAUGCCGAAUCCCGUUUUUUUUUUUUUUUUAACCCCCCUCCCGCCUCCACUACAUCCAAUUGACCCACUAGUCAUCCCCAAAUACCCCUAAGCCCCCCAGAUUACCUCUUUUUAAAUCUUUAUUUUCUGCCCCGAUCUAUAUUCAGGGCGCCGCCAUCUUUGUGUGGGUAGGUGAAGUCCCUCAGGGACACGUCAUCUGCCCACACUAGACAGACUGUGAGAUUCCCGCACAUGCCCAGUGAAACACCUGGACAUGCGAACGGGAAUUUCAUCUAUUCAUUCAUUCAUUCAUCAGACAGACGAAUGACUGAAUAGAAAUGUCAGACGAACAAACUAACACUGUGUAUCAGUGUUAGUUUGUUCGUUCAGUUUAUUACAAGGAGGGAGCUACCGGCACGCAGCUCCCUCCUUGUAAUAUGUAAAGAUAGAAGCGGCAGGGAGCAGUGCUCCCCGCCACUUCAUAAGCCCCCCCAGGUCCCCCUCUCACUCUAUGGGGGUCAAUAUGACCCCCAUAAUAGCACAAGGGAGAUUAAAAUCUCCCAAAUGCUCCUACUAGCUAUACCGCGAGUAGGGGCAUGUCUACUAAACAGUGAGCAGCCUGUGGCUGCUCACUGUUGAAAAAAAAUUACAUAAAUUACAAUAAGGGGGGGCGGAUCUAUUGUCCUCCACCCCUCCCCCACCCUGAGUGGUGGGUGGGGGCCAUGAAGAUAAUGAGGGGGGGGGGGGACCUACUGUCCUCCCCCCGGCCCCCACCCCUGCGCGGUGGGUGGGGCCCUUAUAAAACAAUAAGGGGGGGACCUACUGUCCUCCCCCCCCUGGCCCCCACCCCUGCGCAGUGGGUGGGGGCCCUAAUAAAACAAUAAGGGGGGAGACCUACUGUCCUCCCCCCUGGCCCCCACCCCUGAGUGGUGGGUGGGGGACCUGCUGUCCUCCCCCCUGGCCCCCACCCCUGAGCGGUGGGUGGGGGCCCUAAAUGAAACACCCCUCCACCCCCCAAUCAAGGUGACUAGGGGUCCCAAGCCCCUAGUCACCCCCCCCACCCAAAAAAACCUAUCCCCUACCUACCCCCCUCACCCUAAAAAUAGUGAGGGGGGAAUAAAAUAACUAACCUGUAAAAAAAAAAUUAAACUUACCAUUUGACGUCUUCUUUUUUCUAAAAUCUUCUUUCUUCAGCCACCAAAAAGGCCAAAUAAAAAUCCAUCAUACCCGUCGCACUUUAAAAAAAAAAAAAAAACGAGCGCAAAAAAAAAUUAAUCCAUGUUCGCCCUUCGAGGGCACGCCGCGUACUGAGCUCCGCAAUUAGGCUUAGAACACUCUGAUUGGUUACUUAAUUCACCCAAUCAGAGUGCUCUGUGUUACAGCGCUUUGUAAAAUGACUCAUAACACUCUGAUUGGCUUAAACCUUUAUAAGCCUUGACCCGCCCUGCGGAGCUCAGUACGCGGCGUGCCCUCGAAGGGCGAACAUGGAUUACAUUUUUUUUUUGGCGCUUUAAAGUGCGACGGGUAUGAUGGAUUUUUAUUUGACUUUUGGGGGCUGAAGAAAGAAGAUUUUAGAAAAAAGAAGACGUCAAAUGGUAAGUUUAAUUUUUUUUACAGGUUAGUUAUUUUAUUCCCCCCUCGCGCAGGUCCCCCCUAUCUUUAUUUCGGGCCCCCACCCACCGAGCAAGGGGGGGACAGUAGGUAGGGCGGGGGGGGGUUAUUAGUGGGGUUUUUUUUGUUGUUUUUUUUUUAUUUUUUUUUUACAGUGAGCAGCUAUAAGCUGCUCACUGCUUACUACAUAUGCCCCUACUCGCGAUAUAGCGAAUAGGGGCAUAUUAUUUACUAAUACUAAGUAAUCUUUACUUAGUAUUAGUAAAUUUGGCUGAAAGACCAAUUUAGGUCUUUCAGCCUUUUAGUAGAUAACUCCCUGAUACCGUGGGAAUUAGGGAGUAAUCUACUAAGCGGCUGCAAGAUGCAGCCGCGGCAAUGAAUAGGAUCAGAGUUUCAUUCAUUCGAAUGAAAUUCCGAUCCGAAUAAAGUGCCGAAUUGCGUUCUAAUAGAAACGAACAUACUGUUCUCAUUCAGUUAGAACGCAAUUCGGCAGUUUUAGCUAAAAUGACAGGAAGCAUCGCGAGAUCACAGAGGAAAGCUAGGGAUCAUGGGAAAAUUGCUCUGACCAGCGGAAAUGAAGCACACUUUGCUCCUCCGCUGGUCAGAGCUGGUCAAGCGGAGGAAUCCUCCAUAAGGCAAAGAGUCCCUACUUUGUCUUAUGAUUUUAAAGAAAACUAAAGAAGACAGGAAGAAAAGAAGAACAGAUCCUGAGAGAGGGGGAGAAGAGGAAGAGAUUGAGGAAAGGCAAGUUCGGCAUGACAGUGCCGCUUUAAGUGAUCUACAUACAGUAUUCUAGAGAAGUAAGGGGGGCAUGUAAAGACAUCAAAAAAGAGUGUUAUUGCACUGCUGAAGGCCAAACACAGAGGUUAACAUAAGGUGUUCUUCAUAUAACACACCUACUAAUUGUUACAUUUUUUAAAUUUAAAUAUUAAAAUGUAAAAAAAUCUUAAUCUAAUUUUUUUUUUACUAUUAAUCUCAAACCAUUUUGUAGAAAGCUGCUAUUUUACUUGGUAAAUUUUCUACCGUAAUAGUGAAUGUUCUGAUUGUGAAUGCCUUUUCUUGUUUAGAUUUACAGAACAAGAUCACCCUAAUAACAGCAUUAACAGUAUUUUUUUCUUUACUGCUUGUGAUUGGUUGCAUUUUUUACAUCGUAAAAGUAAUAAAAAAGGAGAACAUACUUCCCCAGUCACUGGUAAGUUGGAAUGCUUCUAAUUUAUGAGGUAUAAUUGUAUUUCAAUGAAACAUUUAUGCCAGAAAUUAAUGGACAUUGUGCUACUGAGCACCAUUUGCCUUUAUUUUAAUUCAGCUCUCUCCCAAGCUCUAUUAAAAUCAGUAGCUGUGGAAUAUGUUAACAUAAUACAAUAUCCAAGCAUUGUUUUUAUAUAAUAUUCCACCUAGACAUAUAUAUAUUUUUGGUGCAACCCCAGUCUUAAGCUAUCAUGUAGUAUAAAAGAUAGACAAUGUUAUGUGUGUAUUUUGGGAAAAUAAAGCCCCCACAAUAAACAUUGUAAUUAUUUUGAUGUCUCCAGAACCCUGAGAUUGCAUUAUUAUUUUACAAUACACAUUUUGUCAUGUAUUAUCUGUCUGUCUUUCUUCUAUUAUCAUUUGUAAAGCAGCAGUAUGCUUUGCAGCGCUUUAAACGUCCAGGGUCUUUUCACUGAGUCAAACGCAUUAAAAGCAUCUCAUCUGGUAGACAGCCGCUGAAGGCAGACUUAACCCUGCAAUGUAAACAUUUCAGUUUCUCUGAAACUGCAAUAUUUGCAGCUGCAAGGCUAAAACGACAGGGACACCUCACCCAUGCCACGUCAAUGAUAUGAACUGGUCUUGGUGCCGAUACUGCCCCUUUAAAUCUAUCUAUAGCUCUUUAUCAGUCUGUUAGUCUAAUAACAAUGGCUUGUUUACUCCAUUUGACAUUUCACUUUGCAUUUUUCUACAUUAAAUUGCAUCUGCCAUUUUAGUGCCCAGUCCCCUAAUCGAUCCAAAUCCCUCUGAAGUAAAGCAAUAUCCUGCUCACAUUUUAUUACUUUACAAAGUUUUGUGUCAUCUGCAAGCACUGAUACAUGGCUUUCAAUGCAGUUUUCAAGAUCAUUUAUAAAUAUGUUAAAUAGAAGCGGUCCCAAAAAAAAACAUUGAGGGACACCACUUACCACUUUUGUCCAGCCUGAAAAUUUACCAUUAAUGACAACUCGUAUUAUCCUUAAGCCAAUGUUCUACCUAAGAACAAGAAUAUUCAUCUAGAAUUCCUGAAUAUUAUCACUUAAUAGCCCUUCAAAUAUUUUCCCAGUUACAGAAGUUAAGCUUACAGGUCUAUAAUUUCCAGGCAAGAAUUUCGAACCCUUUUUAAAUAUAGGAACAACAUCUGCCUUCCUCCAAUCUUUGGCUAUCAAUUUCUCAUUUUCUAGUUUAGCCACUUUAUUUGCCUUUUUGCAAGCGUUAUUGGCUUCCUUAUAUCUUAUAUAGGGUGCCUCUGAUUUGUCAGAUUUAAAUGCGUUAAAUGCCCUUUUAUUAUUUUUAAUCUCUUGUUCUACUUCUCUGCUAAGCCACAUUGGUUUUAAUUAGUUUCUUUUGUAUUUAUUACCCAAUGGUACAUAAUGAGAAAUGUACCUUUCUAAUAUUUGUUUGAAUAGUUUCCAUUUAUCCUCAAUAUAUAAUAGAUAUAAUUCCCUCUAAAGAUUUUAAACAAUCCUGAAAUUGGUGGUUUAAUUAUAAAAUAAAUAAAGUGUAUACCUUGACGUUUUGGUGUGUUCCAGAGCCGGUAGGUAGAGGUGCAGCACAAGACACCACCCUUUGUGUUGGGCUCCACCUAUCACACUUGGUGACAGGGCCCACCAAGGAUCAGGAUUUCCCCCUCCCUGGCCUAAGAUAAGCCUCAGGGUGGGUGAAAUAAGCUUGUGGGGUUUUUUUUUUUUUCUUUCUUCAACCUCUAUCCCCCUUAUUGCAGCCCUUAUAUCCUACUAAAGCCCCUAACCACCUAUUACAGCCCCAUAAUCCCCCAAACUAUAACCCCUGUGCCCAUUGCAGCCCUUUACUCCUUACUACAGCCCCAAAGCUUCCAGUUGUAGUGCCUAUACCCUACUAUAGCUCCUAUCAACCCAGCACCUAUACCCUACUACAACUCAAUUGUAGCCUAUAUGGCCUACUAUAGACCCUAACCCCCGAGUUCCCAUCCUUACUCCGUACAACAGACACUAGUCCCCUAAUUGCGGCACAUAUGCCCCACUACAACAGGCACUAUACAACUACUACAACCCUUUUAACCAAGCAGCAGCCACUGAAGCCCCUAUCCCUACUACAGCCUCCAACCCCCUGCUACAGUCCCUUUUUCCUACUGCAGCUUCAACCCCCACUACAGUCCCUUCCCUCCUACUAAAGCCCCUAACUCCCAUACUAUAGCCCUUCUAAUCAAACAGCAGCCCCAUCCCUACUACAGCCUCCAACCCGCUGCUGCAGUAUCUUACUCCCACUGCAGCACCUAACACUACAGUCUUUAUUCCUCCUACAAUCCCUACACCCCACAUCCACUACAACGCCUAUCCUCCCACUACACCCCUUAUCUCCUGUUACCUCUUUUCCCCCACAUUUCCCCACCACAGCACUUUACCCCCUUUACUACACCCUCCCUUACUACAGUCCCUAUCAUACCAACUACAGUGCCUCUCCCCCAAUUGCAGCCCAUAUCUCCCACACUGCAGCCUUUUUCCUCAACUGCAGCCAUCGCCCCACUUCUGCCCCUACCCUCCCACUACAGUCUAUGUUCCCCAACUACAUUUCCUAACCCCUCAACUACUGCACAUUCCCUCCACUGCCACUAACCUUCCUACUACUGCCCCUUCCCCCCUCACUAGAGCCCUCCGUCCCCCCCACUAGAGCCCUCCGUCCCUCCCCACACCCACUAUAGCCCGGUCCACCCUCCACCCCAACUAUAGCCCGGUCCACCCUUCCCCCACUUUAGCUGCUCCCCUCCUUCCUCCCUCCACUAUAGCUGGUCCACACCCCCACUAUAGCCGGGUCUCGGAAACUGGCCCUGAUUAACUAAUUUAAAGCAUAAAAAAUACUGAUUAACUAUUUUGGGAUAAAUAUGGCACUGAGAAGCUGUAUGGGGAUACAGAUGACGCUUUGGGGGAAGGGCACUAUAGCAAUCGGGUGACAUGUUACCUGGUGAAGUUGGAGUUAGCGAUAUAUCCACCCAUAUAUCCACCAUGGGGGAUAUAAUUUCUAAUUAGUGGGGUAAUAGCUGCUUGAUCCAAGGAGACAUCUGACUGCUAUUUUGGGGUCAAGAAGGAAUUUUUUCCUAGUUUGUUGCAAAAUUGGAAGCGCUUCAGACUAGGUUUUUAUGCCUUCUUUUGGAUCAACAGCAAAAACAUAUGUGAGGAAGGAUGAACUUGAUGGACGCAAGUCUCUUUUCAGCUAUGUAACUAUGUGUCAGUGACCCUGGGAUUGGCCCUGGUCUAUUCCAUCAAUUGUUAGGUCCUAGAAAGGGUUCAGUACUGGAGUGUAAACCGUAACUACUGCUACUUCGAGUAGGGUGAAACAGAUCCUUUAACAGACCCAUUUUUCUUGCAUUGUGUUGGCAGAGAUAUGCCCAGAAUGUAACAUAUUUGUAAAGGAUUUCACUUUAUAUUUUCAAUAUUGUACUGUAUGUAACAAGAACAUGGAUUUAAUUUUGCAUUUAUGUUUUUAAAUCUAUAUUUUUUUUAUUUUAUACAAUUACUUUGCAGAAUUAUCAUAUCCUCUAAUUUCUUUUUUUACACUACAGAGUUAUGUUGUAACGAACAUAAAGCCACCUAUUUCUCUGAUAGCUGACAAAUCGAAAUAUAGCCAAGUUUCAAUAUCUCCAAUCAAAGAACAAAUACAUGAUAAACUUAUGGAGGAAGACCAGAUCUCCCAGACAGAUGAAUUGUCUACAACUGUCUCCCAAGAAUGUGAGGACACAGAAUAUCAAAGAGCAGUUGCAGAUGUAGGACAGCAGCAAUCUGAUAAUGACCAAAAUGAAAUUGUUGUGGAGCCUGACACAACUAGCAACCAUGGGGAUAGCAAACACUUUAACACAGACAAUUACAGUAAAGACAGUGGCAUCAGUAUGGACACAGGAUUAUGUGAAAGUAAUGAGGUGGAGAAACACAGCUCAGAUACAAAGCAAAUAUCAAGUUCGUACGGGUAUGAUAAACCACAUGUGCCCUUGGAUUUACUUAUACAAAUAAACAAAGAGGUGUAUGGUGUUGAACCCAAUGUUUCUGAUGUUUGUUAAGUUCAAAAUGUAUAGAUUGCACUUAUGUACCUUAAAUGUAAUACUAAUCUCUAGCAGCAGAGCAGCACAUCAUUUGUGAUGAUUCAUGCAAUUUAAGGAAUAUAUGUAAAACUUAUUUUCCGACUGUUUUUCAUUUUAAUGAAACUUGUAAUAUAACAACCAAAGUGGUUUUUGUUUGUUUGUUUUUUUAUGUUUGUUUUUUGGGGAGGAUUAGAAGCAUUAAAUUCAAGAAAGUCUUCAUUAUUAAUAACUAAUGUUCCAAUACCUAAAGAAGUAGAAAAGUAAUUAUUUGUAUAUAUGAAUAAAACAUUUUUAUUUAAAUGUGUUUUUGUGAAAUCAUAUCUCGGUCUACACAACUAGUACCAGUGUAUACAUGAUAAUUUUUAGAGUUCUAUCCUCAAAUCACUAUCUUAAAGAAACACUCCAAACACACGCAGCACUCCAGCUUGCUGAAAUGUUUUAUAUGUGAAGAGAACCUUUUUUUCCUGUUAUCUUUCAUUAUAUAAUUGGCCAUUUCGAAUCAGACAACUGGUCCUGUUACUUCCUGGUAAUUUGGCUCCUGCAUGCAAUUGCCCAGAUUACCUGCGUUGCAAAGAUUUCUCAGUGAGCUGUAACACAACUUGGUUGAGGAAAAAUGUAAGGGUUUGCAGUAAAUACUAGAUCUGCAGCUAUUGCAAGCUAUGAUUUUAUAUACCCACAAAAAAAAAAUAUGCAAAAUAAAUUAUGUACAUAUUUUCUUGUGGGUAUAGAUCUACUUUUAAUCCUUGUUUUGUUACUUUAAUCUUUGUCUUCUCAUGCCUUAAGGUAUAUCACCAGUUUAAUCUGCCUUCAGUUGUUGAAGAAGGACCAUGCCAAUGUCUCCAAGAAUAUCCUUCACCCCUAUUAAUAAAUUGUCUUUCCAAAUUUGACUCUAAAAUAUUAUUUAUUUAUUUUGCAGUAUGUCAGCUAUACAAUACUUGUUUUUGUUUUUUUGUUUUU